AUGACGUUACAUCGCUGGAGAAAUCUAAUUAGUCAAAUUGUGUGCGUAGUACUGAAUAUUCUUGUACUGUCAGAGUCCAGUUGUGAAUUCCUCGAGGAAAUUCGUGGCGAAUGGAUUGGUGAGCAGACGACACUUGUCAUAGGUCAAAGGUCGUACAAUGAAUCCGGUUUCCAUAACAACGGUGAUAGACAGGUCGUGAUAGCACAGUGUGAAGAAAAAAGUGGGGAUAUAUACCUACUUUCGACAACUCCAAUUGAUAUUGGCGGAGUCAUUCAUUGCGGUUACCUGUGCUGGUCUUAUUUCAAAGUCAAUCACAAUUUACUACAUAUUUACGCAAAUUUGACUUUUCUCCCAUGUACUCGUGGCACUGUGACGGCCUGUUCUCAGUCUCUCAACACUUUUCCCGAGCCACCUGAAGAAGGCUUUAUUGGCAGCUUUCGUAAACAUACUAUUGAACCAGUCACGUGCCCAUUUAAUGGCAAGUACCAAUGGGAUUUUUUAUGUGAUUCUGGAAACGAUACUUCAGGAGGUAUAUGCAAUUUUCCUUUCAAUUCUCAUGAAGUUGACAAUCAGUAUCGGCAAGGGGGAAGCCUAGAUAAUGUAGUAAGUGACAUUUACAAAUGCGUCGCCUCAUGGAAAGGUUUAAAUGACGUACACUAUUUUACUUUUAUAAGGGAGCAGUUGUUUUCUUCUGGUGCUAUGACAACCAAAUUUUAUUGCUAUGGAUAUAUAAAUUAUUCAGACAACCUAAUAAAAGGUAUUAUGGAGGAAUUUCGAUGUCGGCCAAUCUCCAGAAAACAGAUUGCUGACAACUCUGGGAAUAUUGUAUCGAUACAUAAAGAGGACGUUGACUUUAAACCACGGUUACUUCUUUUAGUAAUAGAUAUUAUUAUGGCGAGACGUCAACAACGCUUACAGUUAACACUAAUUGUAUUAAGUACAAUGUGCUUCGCAUGGGGGCAAAGCAGUGUAUGUUCGAUCUCAAGCAAUCUUGUGGUGGACGUAGGAGAUACCUGUACCAUACAAGCCGGGACGCAUACAGGUCAACUAGAUUCAGUCCACAUAGCUGGUACAGUUAUUAUUGAAUCUACAAGUAACGCGUAUGUCACAAUCACUGCGAGCAGUGUAGAGAUAACGGAUACGGGACACAUCUCUGCUGACAGGCAAGGGUAUGCUGCCAGGCAGGGAACAGGUGCUGGGAACACAGCUGGGUCUGGAGCUAGUUAUGGUGGCCGUGGAGGGCGCCCUGCAUCUGGAUUUUUGUCCGGAGGCAGUGGCUAUGGGAACUUCAUCCGUCCCCUUGCAUCAGGGAGUGGAGGAGGGGGCUCAAACGGUGGCCCAGGUGGCGGCGUCAUCUAUAUCAUCGGAAACAAUACUGUCAAAAUUGAUGGUGUAUUAUCAGCGAACGGUGGUGAUGCGUCUGGUUCGUCGAGUGGUGGCGGCAGCGGCGGGAGUGUGUUUGUUUGGACAGCUGAUCUCAGUGGUAAUGGCGGUCUCAUUUCAGCCGUUGGUGGACGAGGGGGUACAAAUGGAGGCGGAGGAUCGGGGGGAAGGAUCUCGCUACAUUAUAACGAUUAUGAUUUUACUGGUAGAAUGUUUGCACAUGGCGGACGCCCAGAUGGAGAUGUUGACGAAUAUCAAACAGCGUCAUCAAUGUAUGCAUCGUCGGUUAAACCAGGAUAUGAUGCCGAUAAAGGCAGAUUAGAGAAUGGCAACACAGUCUGGCGACCACUGACUUCUCAAACUGGAAGCUUUAUAAGAAUCACUUUUGAGAUUCCUCUGUAUAUAACAUCAGUUUCCACGAGGGGAUGCAAAGGAAAUAAAUGUUACCAAGGCGACGAGAACACACAAGAAUGGGUCAAGAAAUACUAUGUAAAAAUUGACGAUGGCAGUGGAUUUGUUGAAUAUAAGCCAUUUGGGAAUACACGUACGAUAUUUGAUGGUAAUGUGGAUGGUACUAAUGAGAAGAGAAAUGACUUUGAUUUUCCUGUAUUGGCCAAGUCAAUCCAGGUGCACCCAACUGAAUGGCAAGGGCAAAUCUCAUUGGCUGUUGGUUUCUAUGGUUAUACAAAUGAUGAUGUUGGAAACACACCAGAUACUGAUUGUAAUGUUGUCAAUGAUGCUGAAAGUGGUGGUCCUGGCACAAUUUACACACUAGAGGGCGCUCAAAAACGACUGAGAAUCAGUAACAUGGGUAAUAAACCUAAAAUACCAGUGACUGCAGACUGUACUAAGUACCGAUAUGCUGAGUCAGGUGCUGUUGCCUGGAUACCAGCUGAUGAGGUGGAUGAGUAUACGUUGCACGAAUUGACCUUGGAGAACGGGGGUCAAGUUGUUUUCAACCACAACGCAAUUGUAUCAAACAUUAAUGGAGAUGAAACAUCCAUUGUACACAUCGCUGAAGGAAUUCAGUUCCACCUUGAAGAAAGCAGUGUCACCACAUCGGCACUGUAUUUAUAUGACGAUGCUGCUCUGGAGUUGGUUGGUAACAUAUGCCAUAUUAAGCGAUCACUUGUAGCCUGGGGAGAGAUUAUAACUGACCAUUCAGACUGGUUGACGUUUGGUGGAUUUCUCCAAAGUAAAAUGAUACUUUACCCGAAACUAUACAACAAUGAACUGCAUCUCAAUGCCUUUACGAUUAAAGAAGACGCAGAGGUAAUUUUAGUAGAAUCUGAUGAGCCUGAUAUCUGCGGGUAUAGUCUACAUAUCGAUGGAGGAUUUGCUGAGUUACAAAUUGAGGAACGAGGGAAAAUUAAAGUCUCCUGUCCAUCUACAUUUGUUGGUGGUAACUUUCAGAUGGGAUUGAAUUCUGAAGCUGUGAUAAGGGUAGACAGCAUGCUAAGAUUUGAUGAAAUUAACAUAGCUGGUUCUCUGAGCAUCACCAACAAAGCCAUCUUUAGUGGCAAACUGGAAUAUUCAAAAAUGCUGCAGUUUAACAUCUUAGAAGGCGGAGCCAUAUAUUUAGAUACUAAUAACCAGCCUCUUGUUGUCAAUGGCACUGAGAAUGCUGAUAUUACAUGGUCUUCUCUUUACGCGGGAGAUGUUGUAAUUGCUGGUAUUUUUCAUCCAAAAUUGCUCAAAAACAACGAUGGAGACUUGUCUGGGUGGGAGAUCCUAAUUGUCAAUGCCAGUGGUGUCUUCAAUUUCACAACUGCAGGCAAGUUUCAAGUGGAUGACAUUGAUGUUGCUGGAAAGAUUAUCGUUCAAAACCCGAUAUGGAUGGAGUCAAGAGCAGACAAUGUGAAGCGUGUUAACUCAAUUACAAUAGAGGAAACUGGUGAAAUCCGAUUAGAUGAAACAGGGAGAAUCACUGGUGCAUGGUCAUAUGAGUCAACUUUACUGGUAAAGCAACUAGUCAAUAAGGGUCACAUGUUUGGUGGUUUGAUAUCUGUUAACUCCACUGAUGUGCAUGGUUGGGACUAUUUGGUGGUGGAUGGAGCGGCAGCAGUGUUAGAAUUUGAUGUUGAGGGUGCAUUUCGAUGUAAUGAUAUCAACAUCAUGGCAGGGACAAUGCAAGUACUUAAUCCAGUAGUUAUCCAGGGGAAAGAUAACGUGCUGUGUGAUAGUUUUGUGGUCGGUGCAUCAGGAAUUGUACUUUUAGACAUGAACGGUGGAUCAAGUCAGGAUUGGCGACAAGAUGCGUCAAUCUUGUAUAUAGAGGAAUUUGAAGUAAAUGGUACAUUUCAUGGUGGUGCGUUGACAUCUGGAUCAGGUUGGCAUGCAUUCAGUAUUGGCCCCAAUGGUGUGGUAACAUUUCAGAGUUUUACUUCUAAAAUACUGAUAGAUACAGUUUGGAUCGCUGGCACCCUGGAUGUGCUCAACCCAGUCAUUAUCAAAGGUCGACAGAGGUCACACAGCAUAUCAUUUACAGAGACACCAGAGGGCGACAUCACACUUGACAGUGGCCAUUAUGAAGGAUCUGAUUUAACCAAUCUGACAUAUUCAGGUCUGUGGGCUGAUGUUAUUAUCCUUGAUGGACAGUUCACCUCACACAAUUUGUCAAUAAGUACCACUGCAUUUACAGUAGGGGGCACUGUAACAUUUGAACCAGGCAUGGUAGAGCAAAUUGACAUUUUAACUGUCAGUUCAGGCGGACGACUAGAAGUUAUUCGACCAGUCACUUUCCGUGGAUAUGCCAGUGCAGAUGGCAAAACAGAAUCGAUAACUGUGGAUGGUUUUAUGAAACUAGACAUGUUUGGUAACCAUGACGAUAAGCUAUGGUCGUCAGAUAUCCCAUCAGAGUUUCAUCUCCAUGAUCUGACUGUAAAUGGUGAGUUGCAUGCUGGGUAUCUUUCUGAUGGCAAUGGCUGGGACUCCCUAACUGUAGGAGAAGGUGGUAUUAUGAACUUUGACCCCAACGGCACCUGGUACAUCAUGGAAUCUAUAAUAGCAGGAAGUGUUACAUCAUUCCGUCCAUUUUUGCAAGGUGAUCCCCUGACAGGUUCCAGACUGGUAAUCAACACUACUGGUACAUUGGAUUUAGUGUUCAAAGGAGAACCUUUAGAUACUGGUUCUGGUGCACCAUAUUCAUACCUUGUUUUUGACAUUGAGAUUAUUGUGAAUGGUGACUUUAAAGCUGGUUCCCUCAACAUCACAACACUUGAACUUACUAUUGGUAGUACAGGAACAAUGAAUGUAGAUGGUGGUGGUUUUCUCAGUGAUCAAGGCAUUGGUGCUGGACAGAGUUCUUCAACAAAUGGAGGAUCUGGUGCUAGCUAUGGUGGACGAGGUGGCCAAGGCUGUAGAAGUGCAGUUUAUUGUACACCAUCAACUAUGCCAUAUGGAAACAUAUUUAAAGACACUGAUAUUGACUGGGGCAGUGGUGGGGGUUCUGGUAGUGGAUUAGGUGGACGCGGAGGAGGCAGAAUAUAUCUUAGGUUACGCGAUUCCUUUACGAUGAAUGGACACAUCUCUCUUAAUGCUGAGCAUGCACCGAGUUACAGUCGUGGUGGUGGUGGGAGUGGAGGAGGAUUAUGGGUAGAAGUUAAACAGUUCCAAGGUAGAGGUACUAUUAGCUGUAAUGGUGGUGAUGGUGAUUAUUAUGGAGGAGGUGGAGCUGGGGGAAGGAUUAAUAUCUACUAUGUAACUGGAGAUUACCACAGUGGUCAAAUUACAUCUAAAGGUGGAAUUGGUGGUAGGACAUAUUCAGAACCUGGUGGCCCUGGAAUCACUUAUUUGAGUGGUACACAACCAUUUCACAGAAAUCUGAGAAUUGACAACAAAUGCCAGAAUGCACAUGUGACUAGACCAACAGGGGACAGGGCUACUGAAGAACAUUAUGAUGAAUAUAUAUCAACAGGGGCCAUUGCUAUUUUACUACCAUUGGUAGAAGACUAUACAUAUGAGUUUACUGAUAUUGAGAUCUAUGGGGGAGCUGAACUGGCAUUUUCAGCUAACACUACAAUGGUGAAGACACAGUAUAUCUAUGGGGAUGAUACAGGAUAUGUACACGUUGCACCAUACCAGACACUGGAAGUCAAUGCUGUGUCACCGUAUAAACGUGUGAAUGUAACCUAUGCCCCGUACAUCUAUGAAAAUGCUACUUUCAAGUUACCUUCUGCAACAGUCGAAUUCCGGCCAUCAUUUGAUUGGAAUGAAGUAACUGAUGUAGACAGUUGCCAUAGCGAUAUGCUAAUCAGUGCAGUAGAUACCAUCUGGGGUAUAUUGGAUGGAUCCAAUGCUCAUCUCUUGAUUGCUACAGGUGAAACCUUCAUAAUGGAACUGCCUUCUAGAAGAGAAUUGGAAUUUGUUGGCAUGACAAUUCAGGAUGGUGGAAUACUCAAGUUGAAUAGUUAUACAGAGAUACAAGAUGAUAGAUGGCAUGUCAGAGUAAAUAUAACAGUUGGUGUUGAGUAUGGUUCCAUUACCGAACCAACAGACUUUGGUAGCGGUGGUGGAUCUCAGGGAGGAAUUGGUGGUGGUAUUCUUCGGCUGAUAGUGCAUACUUCCCUCACCAUAGAGGGCAGUAUAACAGCUAAUGGUGAUACUGGUGACACUUACACAGGAGGAGGGUCAGGUGGAUCUAUAUGGAUAUCUACAUUUGAACUUGAAGGAUUUGGUGUUAUACAGGCAAAUGGUGGCAGUGGCGGACUUGGUGGUGGUGGAGGAAGCGGUGGACGAAUCGCUAUUUAUUGGGAUUCCCAGAAGUACUGGUAUGGACAUCUUGAAAGUUAUGGUGGGUAUGGCAGCUAUGCUAUCGGAGGGGCAGGCACAGUGUAUAUGGAGAACAUAGAAGAACACGUCAAAAAUCGAUCACUAAUUAUCAAUAAUAAUAAUCAAUCACCUGUCACCCCUUACGUUGAUGACUUUGAUAACUAUAGUAGCGAUUCCAGUCGAACCUGGUUACCAACAAGUCAACAAAAUUAUUAUUUUGAGGAAAUACAGAUUUUCAAAGAAGGACAUUUAGUAUUGCAUCCUGAUAUAUUACGGCUAAAUGGACUACAUGUUUUUACUUUUAUUGGUGAUGGAACUGGAUGGCUACAUAUUGGACCUGACCAGUAUGUUGUCGUUGGCAACAGUCGCGAUGACGAUUUUGAAGUAAAUGUUCAUAUCCAUGAAGAAGGAGAGUUAGUAUUGCCGCCUACAUUCACAUGUCGUCAAAUUACCAUCAUUGUUGAAGGUAUACUGAGUGUGCAUGAUUUAACAGUCGGUGAUGGAUGUAGAUUACUUCUUAGUCCAACUGGUCGGUCCCAUCUAAUCUCAGAUGAUGCAUAUACGGAGAUUACAUCUGGUGAAUACAGAAUGGAUUCCCUGAUUGUCAAAAACAAUGGUGAGAUUGCACCAGUGGACUGGUUAGAUGCAGGUGAUAGAAAGAUAGUCCUAACAGUUGAGAAUUUUCAUAUAGAAGGUGGAGGUCAUGUUCAUGCUGUUGAUCUUGGUAUUAAUGUUGUCACCAUGGUAAUAGAUGAUCUUGGUCGACUGGUGGCUGAUUAUCAUGACAUUCCGUGUAAUGUGUCUGAUGGAAGCGGUAAAAAACCAACUAAUGACAACCUAUCUGGUAGUUCAGGUGCUGGACAUGGGGGUCGUGGUGGAAGAGGAUCCAACCAAAGACUGACUGGUGCACCAUAUGGUCAUCUGUAUGAACCGGAUCAUCUUGGCUGUAAUGGAGGUGGAACAUUUGGAGGACGUGGGGGAGGGAAAAUGAUGAUUACUGUGUCCGAGAGUCUAAAGAUAGAUGGUGAAAUCAGUGCUAAUGGUGAAGAUGGCCAGGACAGUGGUUCUGGUGGUGGAAGUGCUGGCUCUAUACGAAUCAACACAACACACCUACAAGGAUAUGGUAAAGUCCAAGUAAAUGGUGGAAAUGGUCACAAUGGUGUGAGUGUUCAGGGGGGAGGUGGAUCGGCAGGCAGAAUAGCUGUUUAUUUCUCAUUAAAUAGAACAUAUUCUGGAUCAUUUGAAGCAUAUGGUGGUAUCCCAGGUGGUAGUGGUGCUGGAGUUGGUGCACCUGGUACUAUGUUCUUUUACCAUACUGAAUAUGAUCACCUUUCUUUGAUUGUUGAUAACCAUGGUAAUGGACCUCGAGAAGAUGAGAAUGCAAUUGAAAGUUAUCAUGAUUUGUCAGAGGAUGAAAGUCGGGCUUGGAUUUUACCUUCUUCUGCGGAUCAUAUGUUCUCUGGUGACCAUAACUACCAUUUUGACGAACUACAGAUUUAUGGCCAUGCUCACCUCGCUAUUCUGACCGAUCCAGUUGAUAGGGAAGCAUCAUUUCAUUUUCGCCACAUGAUUGGUGACAGGUCAGGAACUAUACACAUCGGUAAUCACCAAACCAUGAACCUUAUUAGAGAUAACAUUGAUCUUCCGUUUAAUGUACGAGUAUACAAAGGAGGAUUCUUGGGACUUGCACCUGAUACCUAUGUACAUGGCGUCACUAUAUACUUGAGUGGUGUAUUGGCUCAUGUCCGAAAUUUGACGCUCCAUCAUGGAGGUAGGUUCUCGUUAAUGAAGGAAGGACACACAAAUGACACCACAUCAAGUAAUUAUAACUUUGAUGUAGUACAUGUACAAGAUCAAGGAUACAUUCAUAUGAUCGCAGACCCGGUCGUUGAUCCUGGAAUAUCAUUCACCACAAGACUUUUCUGGAUUGAUGGUGGCGGUUUAGUUGAAGGAACCCAUCUCUACAUUAGAUCUGAAAAUAUAACAAUUGAUGCUGGUGGUGUGCUCAGUGCUAAUGGACAUGGAUACUCAAUUAAUCAUGGCCCAGCAGUGUUUUCAAAUGGAACUCAAAAUAUCGGAUUACAUGGAGUGAUCAACAUAGGUCUUGGAUACACAUCUAGUGAUGGCUCUGGUGCUGGACAUGGUGGAAGUGGUGGACAUGGCAAAGUUGUUAGUAUGACUGGGCAACCCUAUGGUGAUAUCUAUGAACCAGAGCAGUUUGGUAGCGCUGGUGGUGGAACAGCAGGCGGCAGUGGUGGAGGGCGUAUUUGGUUUAAUGUCUCCAACACCUUACAGAUUGAUGGUGUUGUAUCUGUCAAUGGUAUAAGCGGGGAGACUAACUCCGGAGGUGGCAGUGGUGGUAGUAUCUGGAUGCAUGUAUAUCACUUGACUGGAUAUGGUCUGAUAUCUGCCAAUGGCGGUGAUGGAAUUGGAGAUGGUGGUGGAGGGGCUGGUGGUAGAGUUGCGCUAUACUUCUCGGAUAACUCCACAUUUGAGGAAUUCUCUUAUGAAGCACAUGGUGGUGCACCAGGUGACUUAGCGUGUAAUGAAUGUGAGGGCGGGGGACCAGGAACCGUAUUUAUGUAUCACUUAGUUGAGGAUCAUAGGACUUUACUUCUGGAGAACAACGGUUGGCAACCUAGACGUAAAUCUAUUGAUUGGGACAACCUUCUUGAGGAUGGCUGCAGAGGAUGGAUACUCACAAACUCUGGAAGUCACCGUUUUGCCAAUGAGAAUCAUGAAUAUCAUUUCGAAGAAUUACAAAUUUAUCAGAGUGCUCAUUUGGCCAUUCUCAAUCCCAAUGACACAACCCUUUACCACAGUGCACAGAAUUCUGAUAUAUUCCUGCCACGUUUACCAAAUCUUGUCACCCUGUUUUUCCGCUAUAUGAUUGGUGAUCGCACCGGUGCGGUUCAUGUCCAUAACAGACAAGAAUUAGAUCUAGAAAGAGAAGAGAUAGAUCUUCCAUUCAGCGUGCAUGUGUAUUUUGAUGGACAUCUUGGUCUGGCACCCACCACGUUUGUACACGGUGUUGAAAUACACAUGGCCGGUAUGUUGUCAUAUAUAAGAAAUCUAACCCUACAUCACGGUGGGUUUUUAUGGCUACAGCAUGGAGGACGAACUACUGGUGAACCAUUCAGCACAUAUCAAUUUGAUUAUGUACGUCUUCAAGAUGAAGGUUUCAUUAGUGCUGAAACAGAUCCAAUUUUAGACCCUGGGAUAACCUUCAUCACAAAUGGAUUUAUCAUUGAAGGUGGUGGAAUUAUGCAUGGUACAAAGAUGACUAUACUGUCAGAGAACGUCACCAUAGAUGGAGGUGGUAGAUUAGCAGCCGAUGGUCUAGGAUAUCAACCUCACCAUAAUAACGCAACACAUGGUGGAGACUCAUUGCAUGGUGAUGUCAAUAUCGGACAACCCAACAGUGAUUUGGGCGUAGGAUGCGGAGCUGGUCACGGUGGAAGCGGUGGACGUGGCUCUCAUUCUAAUGGAGUGGGUGGUGGCUUUGCUUAUGGUGACCUUUACGAACCAUAUGUAUUUGGAAGUGCUGGUGGGUUCAGCCAUGAUGGAGAGCAGGGUGGCACAGGAGGUGGAAUUAUCUGGUUAAAUGUCACAGGUGUUAUUGAUAUUGAUGGUGAAGUUACAGCUAAUGGUGGCCAUGCAGAUGCAGAAGGAGGAGGUGGUGGUAGUGGUGGAAGUAUUUUGAUGUAUGCAAGUGUAAUCAAAGGUUAUGGUAGAAUUGCUGUGGAUGGCGGAGAUGGCUCAAAUAAUACAGACGAUCCAGGUGGUGGAGGAGGCGGAGGAAGACUUGCCAUAUAUUUUGUCACGAAUGAAACAUCUACUGGUUUCAACUAUCACUCUAGAGGUGGUCAUUCCGGAAAUAAUAAGGAAGCUGAGAAUGGUGGUGGUGGUACUGCCUUCAUUUACCAUAUGGUAUAUACGCACCGUACACUGAUAAUUGGCAAUGGCCAUCUUGAACCAAGAAAUCAGCACCAUAUCAUUGAAAACUACAAUGAUUUGACAUCUGAUGGCUGCCGGACAUGGAUACUACCACAGUCUGGACAUCAUUUCCUUGCAAGUGGUACCCAUGAUUACACUUUUGAAGAACUACAGAUCUAUGGAGCAGCUCACGUGGCUGUUCUUAAUCCCACCCACUCAAAGGCUUCUCUGUUUUUCUUGCACAUGAUUGGAGAUCGUUCAGGCACUUUUCAUAUUGGAGCCAAUCAAACGAUGGAUCUCAAAAUUGAACACCGUGAUGAGAUAGACUUGCCAUUUAAUGUCCGGGUAUAUUCAGGUGGAUAUCUUGGUUUAGCACCAGAGACAUUUGUUCACAAUGUCAGUAUCUGGUUACACGGCACUCUGGCACAUGUUGAUCACAUUACACUGCACCAUGAUGGACUGCUAGCUUUACAGUAUGGUGGACAAACUGAGUUUCUUAAACCAAAUCAUUUCCAUUUUGACCGUAUUUUGAUUCAAGAUACUGCUAGUAUUACAGGUGUUCAGUCACCGAUGGAAAACCUGGAAAUGACUUUAACAACAAGAUCUGUUAUAAUUGAAGGGGGUGGUAGAUUUCAUGUCACUCGCAUGAUGAUUACAACUGAAAAUAUCACUAUUGAUGAUGGUGGCACUUUAAAUGCGGAUGGUACUGGUUACCGAUCAACUGACGUGCACAUUACCGAGGUCAAUACUGGUAAAGGUCAUGAUAGCCUACUGGGGUCAUCUGGUGGAGGUCAUGGAGGGACAAGCGGCCAUGGUAUUGGUACUGAACUGACUGGUCAGCCCUAUGGGGAUCUGUAUGAACCUCAAUAUCUUGGUAGUUCUGGAGGAGGGGAUAAAGGUGGGCAGGGAGGUGGAUUGGUCUGGGUGAAUGUCACUAACGUAGCAUGGAUUGAUGGUGUUAUUAGUGCAGAUGGUGCCAGUGCUGGUAACAUACAUAGUGGUGGUGGCAGUGGUGGCAGUCUCUGGUUGUACUUCCUGUACUUUAAAGGUGAUGGGAAUAUAACAACUAAUGGUGGUGCCCAGUACAUGUCUGGUACAGGGGGUGCUGGAUCUGGUGGAAGAAUUGCUGUAUAUUUCUGGGACAAUACAACCUAUCACGGCACCUUUCAAUCGCAUGGUGGAUAUGAUGAAAUUAGUGAUGGUGAACCUGGUGGUCCUGGUACAGUAUUUAUUUAUCACAUGCUUCAUGAACACCGGACACUGUUAUUAGAGAACAAUAACCUAAUCAGUCAUCAUGUUGAUCUUAUUAGAAACUAUUCAGACAUUUCGCAAGAUAGUUUCAAAGCGUGGAUUCUUCCCCAGUCUAAGGUGCAUGUGUUUGCCAGUGGAGCUCUUGACUACCAGUUCGAGGAGCUGCAGAUUCACAGUAAUGCCCACCUUGCAGUGUUAACAGAACCAUAUGAUGCUGGUGUUUCUAUUCACUUCAAACAUAUGAUUGGUGAUCGCAGCGGUUAUGUACACGUGGGUCCUAACCAAAUCAUGGACCUAAAAAGGGAUUACAUUGACACACCUUUCAAUUCUUAUGUUUAUCAUAGAGGUUAUCUAGGACUCGCCCACAAUACAGAAAUCAGCAGCGUCUUUGUACACAUGGAAGGAACUCUUGAUCAUGUGCAUGACAUGGAGCUUCUUAAUGGCGGUGAACUCAGACUUUUCCUGACUGGUUCCACUAACAAAAUGCAAUGGCUGAAUUAUCGAUUUAAUGGCACAGUGAUAGUUAAAGCCCAGAGUCUAAUAAACGCAUCAAGUCCAUUUGCGCAUCCUGAACAGUACCACUUACAAACUGGUAAACUUAUUGUAGAAGGUGGUGGCAAAGUGUAUGGUAAGAACCUGAGGAUUGACUCUUUGUUUAUGACUGUUGAUGAUGGUGGACAUGUAAGUGCUGAUGAUGGUGGUUACCUUGCUGGUGAUGGACCAGGUGCUGGUAUCAAGCAUAAACUUGGUAAUUCAGGUGCAUCACAUGGUGGAAUGGGAGGAAGAGGCGGAUGUGGUCCAAAAACUUGUAUAUUAAAAAGAAAUGUUCCAUACUGUGGAUUAUUGUAUCCAAACUGCUUUGGCAGUGGUGGAGCAGGAUCUAAAGCUGGAAUAGGUGGCCAUACUGGUAAAAUCCAAUGUGUUGGUGGUACUGGUGAUCUACCUAAAUCUGGCAGUGGAUCAGGCGGACGAAUCGCUGCAUAUUACUCAAAUAAUGUCACCCAGGGCUUCUAUAAUGGACAGUUUGAUGUGUAUGGAGGAAGAGUGGAAGAGACAGCUGAAGCAGGCGCUGCUGGUACUGCGUAUUUACAACACAUCGGUGACGGUUACAGUAAAUUACUGGUUGAUAACAAAGGUCGCUAUGGUUACUGGGAUGAAAUGGAGAAUGUUGGUCGACGUUUAGAUUUGACCAAUGAUGAUGCGUCGUAUACAGGCCUUGCCACGUACACAGCUGCUAAUGGAAUAACUAUUGUGUCAUCAGAAGCACCAGAUUCAUCAUCAUAUUCUAUUGGUUAUUUGUUUGAUCAGACGCUGCAAGAUUCGCCACAACAAUGGUUUCUAUCCAAACCUCAUUAUACAACACAGACUAUAACACUGACAGUGGAACUACAUGAUGUAUAUCAUGUCAAUGUCAUCAGAAUAUAUCCAUACUGUGCUUAUCCAACAGAGUUUAAGGUUACUGGCUUUUUGGAGGAUGCUUCAUUCCCAGUGACAACAAACUAUGUCCAGCAGAGUUCAUCUUGUGUUCAAGGGAUGUAUUUAGAUAUUCCCCUGAGACGAGAAGCGGAUAAAUUUACUAUAGACUUGAAAGGUCUUUACACAGAAACUGGUUUUCACACUUGCUACUGUCGAUUCUUUGCUUUGACUGAAGUGGAAUUCUAUGUAGAGCAACUUGAAGUUCAUCACAGAUAUAAAUACAGAGAGUUGGAUUCUGCUAUAACAUGGAUUGAAUCUACACCAAGUGGUACCAAUAGUUACUGGUUUAAUGAAACACAUAUAUUAGGUGGUGCACAGUUAGCUGUCAUGUCAAUGAACUCAUUGACUUCCCUAGUGGAUGUGUACAUGGGUCAUCUCCAUGGUGAUAAAACAGGACACAUACAUGUUGGCUAUGCUCAAAGUUUUACAGUAGAUGUUGCUGAUGCUGACGUUCCUGUCAAUAUGAGGAUUUAUGAAGAAGGCCAUCUAACUUACCACCAGAGGGCGUUCUUUAAAAAUGUAAAGAUGAAGUCAUCAGGGAAGGUUGAUGGUAUCAAAGAUCUGUAUGUGUUUGAUGGUGGUUAUGUUUCCUUUGAUUCUAACUCCAGUCUUGGUAUCCAUAGUAACAUUGGCGAGAUGCAAUUAUCGUCAUUGCAUGUGCAGGAUGAAGGAACAUUUGAAUUGAUAUCGUAUGAUACAGACGUUGCCAUAGUAAUCAGUUUGACAAAUUUUACUGUAUAUGGAGGUGGUCACUUGAAGAGCAAUGAUAAAUUUGAAAUCAUAGCUGACCACUUAGCAGCAGUAUAUUCUGGUGGUCUGGUUAAUCUGGAUGGUGGUGGGUACAAAAUGCCAGAGAAUAAAGGCCCAGGUGGAGGUUACGGAAGUAUUUCUGGUGGUAGCGGUGGAGGUCAUGGUGGGAGUGGUGGUCGUAGUGCUGGUAAUGCGUUGGUUGGAUUGGCAUAUGGAUCUAUAUAUGAACCAUUUGAAUACGGCAGUGUAGGUGGCUAUGGAAAUCAUUACGGAGAAUUGUAUUUUGGUGACGAGCCGUUUGGUAACAGAGUGGUAAGGUUGGGUCUUGGAGGCAGUGGUGGUGGUGCACUUAAAAUAACAACAAGACAUAUGGUUUUAGAUGGUAGUAUAACAGCUGAUGGUAAAGCAGUGUGUUCCUACUUUGAUAGAUUAUAUCUCUGGUUAAUCACAGGAGGAGGUAGUGGUGGCAGUGUAUGGAUUGAUUGUGAAGACUUAGAUGGUUAUGGUCUGCUUUCAGUAAAUGGUGGUAGUGGAGGUGGAGCUGCUGGACGUGUUGCUGUAUAUUAUCAGGACAACACAAAGUUUAAUGGAACAGUCACAGCAUUUGGAGGUGAUGGCAGUUAUGAAAUUGGUGCUGCUGGGACAAUUUAUCUUGAGCAGAGAGAGCAAGAAACUAAAGAGAUACUGCAUCGAACUCUUCGUGUUGAUAACAAUGGUGUAGGAUAUCCUCAUGCUGCUGUGUAUAAUCAUGGUGAUCUACGAAAUUUAUUAGACGGUGACUAUCAGGAUAUCAGCCAAUCCGGCGGGAUCACGUGGUUGUGGCAUUCUUCUGAUGCGUACCAGGUUGAUGAGUUACAUAUCAAUGGCAAAUCACAUGUCGCGAUACUUAGCAAUGCCAGUAUAAAUGAAGUGGUUGUGGAAGGUGGCAGGAUGUAUGGUGAUCGUACUGGUGUUCUACAUGUUGGACAGCGUCAGACAUUUGGGUUUGACUCUGUGGAUAUUUAUAUACCCAUUAACCUGCAGAUUUACAGAUAUGGUCACUUGGAAUUGCCACCUCGUGCAGUAAUGAGGGAUGUGUGGAUGGAAUGUAACGGUACAUUGGCAAAUGUUGCUGAUCUCACUGUAGAAACAGGUGGUUUUCUCUAUCUAUGGUCCUAUGGCAGUACAUACAAUCAACUUGAUGGCGUCUAUGAGUUUGGGAAUGUGACCAUUCGUGCUGAUGGUAAAUUUGAACUGCUGACAGUGGCAAAUUACAGCCGAAUGUCGCUUGGUGUUACGUUGCUGGAUGUAAAAGCCGGUGGUUAUGUACGAACUAAUGAUAUGAAAUUGACAGCAGUUAAUGUGACCAUAGAUGUGGCAGGUGACAUGCACUCAGAUUGGUCUGGCUAUUCUUCAAGUGAAGGUCCUGGUGCUGGACUUGACAUUCAAGAUAACACACUUGGUGGAUCUGGUGGUGGCCACGGUGGUCGUGGAGGUCACUCUGAUGCUGGUCUUUACUCUGCAUACUCCUAUGAUUCCAUGUAUUCCCCAUCACUACCUGGUAGUGGAGGAGGUAAUGGUGAAGGCAGUGGUGGGAGAGGGGGAGGUGUGAUGCACUUGGAAGUUGCUAAUACUUUACGUGUCGAAGGUCGUCUUCAUAGCAACGGGGAGGCCAAUGGUGAUAGUGGUGGAGGUGGAGCUGGUGGUAGUAUUAUGAUACAAACUGGGCAUUUGGAUGGAAGUGGAACCAUUGAGGUCAAAGGUGGCCAAGCUGUUAGUGGUGGUGGUGGCAGUGGAGGAAGACUAGCUAUAUACACUGAUUGGUAUGAUUUCAUUGGUCAGUUACAAGCAUAUGGCGGCACAACAAGCCAUAAUAAGGACAUGAGAGAUACCAGUGGUAGUGCUGGUACGGUCUACACAGCCAAUGGAAAUAAUAACAAGCAACGUAAUUUAUACAUUGAUAACACCCAUGAUGUCACGGAAGCCGUUCGUGUGAAUGAAAUACACCAAUUGUCUAUGGCUGGAAAAAAUGUGAAUUGGUAUAGUACAACGUUCACAACAUAUGGGGAUGUGGUAGUCACGACGACUGGUAGUGUGUGUUGUAGCGUUAAUGGCGAAUACCCAUUCUAUAACAUCAAAUCAGGAGCAGGAAGUGAUGCUUAUUAUAGAACAACAACUGACGACCCAACCAUUACAUACUUUUUACCAUUUGCGCUAUAUGUUGAUCAUAUAAAAAUAUACCCACAAUGCAGUUAUCAAGAUUGGACAAACUAUGAGGUGAUUGGUGAACUUAACGGUGAACAACUGAAUCAUACUAAUGGGUAUGUGGAGACUACUGGAUGCCAGAGUAAUGAAUAUGGUAGAGUGAACAUAGGAAGAUUCACAGACAAGAUCAUAAUCAACUUGCAUGCCAUAUCAACGUAUGCCGCAGUCAAUGAAAUUGAGAUAUAUAUACGAGAAGAUCCUGAAUCCGCUGAACAGAAGGAAUUUACUAACCAUGUAUCAGCAAUGAUUGUAUCAGAGAAUGAGGAAACCAAUCAGUUUGAAUUUGAAGAGAUUAAUAUAUCUGGUCGUGGCUCAUUGGGGAUGAGUUCUGAAGGAUCCAGUAUUAUAUCACAUGACAUGUCAGGUGACUACAGUGGACUGGUUACCAUACGACAUCAACAAGAGUUGUAUACAUCACUAGCUAGGGAGCUAGUUCCAUAUUCUAUUUUGAUCCACAGUGGUGCUAAUGUAACCCUUCCAACUCAUCUAGAUUGCAGGAAUGUGGAAUUAAUCAUUAGAGGUGAAUUUGAUGAGAUGGAGAACUUGACAAUAAGUAAAGGAUGUGCGUUUACUCUACAACAUCUGACUUCCACUACAACCUUCCUACAUCAUGUGAUUGUGAAAACUGAUGCACAGUUUACUGUAUUAACAAAAGGACAGUCUAUCACAACCCUAGAGGGCGCCACUUUCUCUAUCAGAAGUGGUGGUUUGGUGUACUCUGAUGAUUUGGUUCUUAACUAUGAAAAUAUAACCAUAGAACCAUAUGCACAUCUAUCAGCUGAUGAGAGUGUUCCUCUCAGUAUAGCAGAAUCAGGCAUUGGAGUUGGUCAUCCAGGGCAAACAGGAAGUUCUGGUGGUGGCCAUGGUGGCACUGGUGGUCAGGGUAGCAUUCAAUCUGUUGUUGGUAGGGGUCAUGGCUCAUUUUUAACUCCCAACUCAUUUGGUCGUGACGGUGGACAUGAAAUAUUCCCGCAUCUUGGAGGAGCUGGAGGUGGUAAACUCUUUAUGAGUGCUAAGAAUCGAUUGGUCUUGGAUGGUUCCAUUUCUGCUAAUGGUGGGGAAGGUCGGUCUCCUCAUAGUGGCGGUGGAAGUGGUGGGAGUGUUCGGAUAGAGUGUGGUACACUGGACGGUGAUGGGUAUAUUGAAGUGAUUGGUGGAGAUGGACGCACCGGGACUGGUGGUGGUGGAGGGGGAGGUAGAAUUGCUGUCUAUUACACUGCCAAUCAUUUUAUUGGAGAUUUCUUUGCAUAUGGAGGUGAUAGCGGUUAUGAACCUGGUGGAGCUGGCACUGUGUAUUUACACAAACUUCUUGCAUCAAAUGAUUCCAUUCUAUUGGAUGGUACCAGUCCUGAAGCACUGAUAUCCCACGAUUCCAACGUCACGUCCGAAUUGACCAACAGAACGCUGUACAUCAAUAAUAUCGGGAGAUAUCCGCGAGAUAUGCUCCGAAAUCUAACAUCAAUCUACCAAGAUUUGGAACUAGGGUCAACAUUGACGUGGAUCACUCCGGGAGAACCAUCUCAUGACAAUGAACAAAGCCACCACUAUACCGAACAUAUACAAAUUGACGAAUUACACAUAUAUGGUGGCGGCCAUGUUGGAUUUGUGUUUCCAGAGAGGCCAAUGGAUUCUCUGGAUAUCCGACUUGGGACAGUGUUUGGUGAUCGUACUGGGCGAUUACAUGUUGGGUAUAAUCAGAGUUAUUUUUCAGCUCAUUCAGCCAUGCCUAUGGAUAUGUUUGUAUAUCAGAGAGGCUUAGCUGUGUUACAUGGUGAACUCAAGGUGGACGGUGUGACAGUAAACGUUGAGGGUGUUCUGGAAAACUUAGAGAAUAUUAGCAUAUCAGAUGGAGGUAAGCUGUACAUGCAUGAAAUGAUAAACAUAGAUGGUGAACCAACUGAAAUGUUACAACUCCAGACAUGUAAUGUUCGUAACCAUGGUAUCAUGUACACACAUAAUGGAAUGAAUAGAAGAACUUUGUUGGGUCAUACCAUUCGUGUAUAUGGGGGUGCAGAGCUCUAUGGUGUUAAUUUGCAUAUUGAAACUGAAGAAGUGAUUGUUGAUUCUCUUGGGUCAUUGAAUGUUGACAAUGCUGGCUACCGAAGUGCAGAUGGUCCAGGUGGUGGUUUUACAUAUGGUAAUUAUGGAACAGGUGGUAGUCAUGGCGGCAGUGGAAGCUGUGAUAGCGAAAGUGAAUCGUCUCCUCCUGGUUAUGGAUCGUUUGUCUUCCCCAAUGAGUUUGGAUCAGGAGGCGGUAUGAGCCACCUUGGUGCAAAUGGAGGAAUGGGUGGUGGGAUCCUAACGAUGAAUGUCAGUCGCUUGUUACGUGUUGAGGGUGCUCUUCAUGCCAAUGGUGAGAACUCCCAGAAUAAUGAUGCAGGUGGUGGCAGCGGAGGCAGCAUGCAUAUUAUUGCCAAGAGGUUUGAAGGAAUGGGAAGUAUACAGGUCAAUGGUGGUUCUGGACAUGGUGGAGGAAGCGGAGGACGGUUGGCUUUGUAUUACGAGGAAGACGACUACAGUGGAGUCUUUGAGUCAGCUGGUGGUGCAGGAUACAAUGAACAUGGUGCGUCUGGUACAGUGUAUCUUAAGAAACAACAUGAUGAUUUGGAAGAAGAGUAUCGAACACUUCGUAUUUAUAAUAGCUUUGAAUAUGCUAAUAAACAGAGUCGUAAAACAUGGGUAAACAUUCCAGAGAAUGUGUCACGUGAUUAUGACAUUGAUUUAUUAGACAUUGGUGGAUAUGCACAUGCCUCCAUUGAGUCCUCUGACAUCAAUGGCUGGCCAUCACAAGGACUAAGACGAUUAAGUGUGUAUGAUAUUGCUGGUGAUCACACAGCUACUGUGCAUGUCAGUGCUGACAAAUACUUUGAUAUUGUUGGCAAUGCAACCUAUAGAAUACCAUUCAGUACAGCUGUCUAUGAGAAUGGCACUGCAUCAUUUCCGAGCCAUACCUAUUUACAAGAUGUAGACUUGAUGUUAUACGGUGGUCAUGUGUUUGGAAUUGACCACCUUGAGCUGUCUCUGAAUGGCCAAACCAUCAUGGAUGCUGACAGUAGGAUAAACUCAAAAGAAGAUAGUAUUGUCAGUCUAAAGGAUGUCACAAUACAUGAUGGUGGUGUGUUUCAUUACACCGGGGAUGCAAGGGUUGAUGAUGCUCUGAUGAUGACACUAACAAAUGGACUACAUGUGAGAGGAGGUGGAUCUCUGAUUGGUAAUCAGUUACACAUACAAGCCAAGACCAUUACAGUUGAUGAUGAAGGAGAAGUGAAUGUCAACUACAGAGGAUAUGGACCAGGUGAAGGACCUGGUGCUGGCAUUGAUCAUGUUUAUGGUGGUACAGGGGCUUCACAUGGUGGCAGAGGUGGCAUUGGAAGUUGGACAUUUAAAGCAGCUCCUGCAUAUGACAAUGUCCUGGACCCAGUGGAUUAUGGUAGUGGGGGCAGCAUUGGUGGAGGGACACAGGCGACAGGGUCUGGUGGAGGCACUAUUCAGCUGAUUGCAGAUGUUAUCAUAGUAGAUGGUGUGAUCACAUCCGAUGGUGGUACUUCAGACCAGCCUGGUAACGGUGGAGCUAGUGGUGGAAGUAUCCAUAUUCAAUCUGACAUUCUAUCCGGUACUGGUGAGAUGUCCUCUAAUGGUGGUGAUGGUGCAUGUGUUCUACAUUGUAAUAAAUGUAAUGAACAUAGAGAAUGUUUGGAGUGUACAGAUUAUAAAUAUUGGAGAGAUUACAAUUGUAUCGAUGAUUGUGAUGAUUAUCAUAAUCGCAGAAAUGUCUCUUAUUCAUAUGGUCAUCUGGUAAUCCAUAAAGUUGGUAGUUAUUGUGUGAAUGAGAAAGCUGCUCAUGACGAGUUGUGGAUAAUUGGGGGUGGUGGAGGAGGAGGACGCAUUGCUCUGUAUACUUAUGAAGAUAAUAGAUAUACUGGUAACUUACACACUUAUGGUGGGGUCAGCUACAAAGAAUCUGGUGGACCUGGAACUAUCUACAUGUCUAAUACUACACCAAAUGGCACUCAGACUACUCUAAUAGUGGACAACCAGGGAAGAACGCCUCUACGGGAUCAUAGACUCCACGAUGUUGAGGAAGACUCUGCUCGAGCAUAUAUAAUUACUGGUGAAGCGCAUCAAGUUGAUUCUUACUGGUUUGAUGAGGUACACAUCAAUCAAGGUGCUCAUUUAGCCUUUGAGAGCAAUGUUAAUUAUUCUACUGCGGUGGAGAUUGGUAAAAUAUAUGGAGAUCUGACUGGUAUGCUACACAGUGCAGAGAGUUUUCCUAUUAUCAUUACAGAAUCACAGUCACCAUUCCCUGCUGCUUUUUACAUCUAUGAAGAUUCAUAUGUACAGCUACCAACAGCUGUCACACUCAGUAAUCUGGACUAUCCAGACAUCUAUAUUGAUGGUGAAGUAGAUGGAGUACAGAAUCUUGUGAUUGGUACACAUAUCAAUUUGCAUAUUGGAAGUCAGGGUCACUCAUCUGGAGACGAUAAAAAAUGUCUGAAUUUAUUGAACCUGGAUAUUUUAUCUGAUGGUGCGAUUCAGUCCUGGUACGGACAAGAUCCAGAUUUAUCUGAGACCAAUCCAGAUUAUCCUUCAUUGAAUUUAUCGUUAAGCGAUAAACUACACAUCCAUCCUGGUGGCAAGAUAUUGACUGCUUGGGUUGAAGUAAAUGCUAACACUGUUAUCAUAGAUGAAGCUGGAUUUAUUGAUGUUAGUGAGCAAAGUAGUCAAUAUAUACAUGAAAGACAUGGAGAAAUAUACUCACCAUACUGGGGUGGUUCUGGUGGUGGCCAUGGAGGUAGUGGUGGACAGGGUUACAAUACGCAGAAAGUUGGACCAGCAUAUGGAUACUUACAUCAUCCUAGAGAUUUUGGUACUGGGGGAGGUAACUCAGGUGGCAACCUGACUGAUGGCGGUAGAGGAGGUGGUGUCAUUAGUAUCACUGCCCUUGAUAUUGAGAUAUAUGGAAGUCUGAAAGCCAACGGUGGUGAUGCUAUGAGUGUAUCAAGUGGUGGUGGUGGUGGAGGAGGUGUGUACACAGAGAGUGUUAACUUUAGAGGGUAUGGACUGAUAACUGUCAACGGAGGGUCAGUUCCAGAGGGUGGAAACUAUGCUGGAGGCGGUGGUGGAGGAGGGAGGAUGGCUCUCAAUUAUAUCAAUAAUUAUUUUACUGGUCAUCUCCAAGCAUAUGGUGGAAGAAGUCUACAUGAAGUGGGUGGUGCUGGAACUAUUAUACUACAUAACACCCAAGGAUUGAACACAUCACUGUACGUGGACAAUAACAAUAUAGGGAGGCCGUUAAAUGAAGCAAUUGAUUACAUUUCUUUAGUAGGACGACAUCGUGGUAGUGUUAGUUGUCGUACAUGGGUUGUUGACCAACCAGGUUAUGAAUUCCUAUUCGAUACUAUGUUUGUCACUGGUCAAGCAGAGUUGGCAUUUGUUCGGCCAUGGCCUGAGACGAUGGUGAAGCAGAACAUUCUGGCAAAGAAAUCUGAGGGUGAUGGUUCAGGCAUAGUACAUAUCGGACCUUUACAGGUGUUUGAUGUAGAACUUCCUCAUAGCAGUCCUCGACUGCGUUGGGGUAUAACUAUCUAUCCACAUGGUGAAAUGAUUACAGCGUCAUCCCUUGAAAUAUAUGAUAUAGCUGUCAUCAUUGAAGGAACAUUGACUGGGGGUAAAAACGUUACAGUUGGACGUGGAGGAAAACUUAUUCUGAGGCAUGUGACCAAUGAAACCCAUGAGAGUAUCCGUGAUAUUGGAUUUGAUCAUCUUGAAGUGUAUGGAGGAGGUCGUGUUAUAUCAGAGAGUGAUGAAGAUGGGUUAUUCCUGACAACCAAUCGUUUACAUUUGUCUAGUGGAUCGGUGUUUGAAGCUGACAGAUUAACAAUUACAUCACAUGUUGUUAUAUUAGAUGACCAAGCCAUGAUUGAUUUGUCUUCCAAGUCUCUGAUUGGUGGUUCAGCAGGGCUUGGAGAAGGGCAUUAUGAAUCUGGAGCUGGACAUGGAGGUGAAGGCGGUAAAGGUUCACGUCCUUUUAGUGGUGGUGGUAUGUUUUAUGGAGACUUUGUACACCCUAAUGAAUUCGGCAGUAUGGCUAGUAAUGAACAAUCCCAUGGUGGUGGAGUACUCAAGAUAAACACAGACAACUUGCUUCAUAUUGAUGGAAUAAUACGGUGUGAUGGUGAAUCAGGAAAGAUAACCAAUGGAGGAGAAGGUGGUGGUGCUAGUGGCGGUAGUGUUUUACUUGUAACCAAUAUCUUGAGUGGUGUUGGGAGAGUAGAGGCCAAUGGUGGAGCAGCUUUUGUAGAUGAGAAUGGUGAAUGUUCAAGUGGUGGUGGUGGAGGAGGUCGUAUUGCUGCAUUCUAUCACCAAAGUAACUACCAUGGUAUAAUGACUGCAUAUGGUGGGAUAUCGUCAUGGCAACCAGGUGCUGCUGGUACAGUAUAUUAUGAAUCAACAGAUCCUGGUGUUCGAUAUAAUCAGUUAGUGAUUGAUAAUAAUGGACAAGACACCGGUGUGGAUCACAUUCAGAGCUAUGAGAGCUUUUUUGAGAGCAGUGGUACCACUUGGCUGACUUUGCCAACUAUGCAGUUCUCACUUACAGAACUGAAGUUGUUGGGAAUGUCACACCUUGCAAUUGAGUAUAAAAAUCACCAAUCCAAAGAACUCACCAUGGAGGCCUUCAUUGGUGAGCACCUUGAUGACUAUCAGAGAUUUGGCACAAUACAUGUGGGUCCCAAACAGACGGUUCGCAUUCAGAAGACAGAAUACUAUCUACCAUGCAAUGUACGAGUGUAUAACAAGGGCGAUGUACACUUACCAACUAAAAUCAAAUUUGAAAACAAUCAUUUGUAUAUUGAUGGUGGGUUUGGUGCUCCACAUGAACUGUCUAUUACAAAUGCGACAGUAGAGUUCGGAGGAAAUGCACACUCAUCGUCAGAGAUAUAUAAACGUAGAAUCAAUUUUCGUCAACUUUCUCUGCUUGACAACGGUGUAAUGGAUGUGACUGAAUCUUAUGAAGAGUACACUGUAAGGGUGGAUCAGCUCACUAUACAGCCAAGAGCAGUGCUCAAAGCCAAGGUUCUGCUGCUUGAAGCUGAUUUGUUGUCUGUUGCACCAAGUGGUCAUAUUAAUGCGGAUUUCACAGGCGAUAGUGUAUAUGAUGGAGAAUAUACAAUCUUUGGUGGUGCUGGAGGGUCACAUGGUGGUGAUGGUGGAAUAGGUGAACAUAUACAUCGUCACAGUAUUUCAUAUGACUCUAUUGUUCACCCUGUUGAGCCGGGCAAAGCUGGAGGAUGUGGUAGCUUACAUUGUGAUUUAGGUGGAGCACCGGCUGGUGGAGGUGUCCUUCAUAUUAUUUCUGAUACACUUGAGAAUAAUGGAGUAAUCAGCGCAAGAGGUCAAAAUGCUGAUGAUAGUGAAAAGGGAGCUCGGUCUGGAGGUGGUGCAGGUGGAAGUGUUUGGAUUGAAGUCGAAAAUUUAAUCGGCAAUGGGAAGAUAGAUGUGAGUGGAGGCGAUGGUCAUUUUGAGGUAGAUGGAUUGUAUCACUCUGGUGGUGGAGGUGGGGGAGGCUAUGUGUCCAUUGGUUAUGGAGAAGCACAUGUAACAUCUCUUGAAAAUAUUGCUACUCAUGGGGGAAUUGGGUAUCAAAAUGGUGCUGCUGGAGCUGUGUAUACAGAAGAACUCAUUGACUCAGGAACGACAUCAAAGGUACUCAUAGAUAAUAAACAUAUGUCAGCGGAUGUUCUAAAUGGUGACCCAGUGUUCUCUAAUAUUAAUUUUCAUCCUGAUAUAUUUCGCUGGUCAUUUGACGAGGUUCAAUUACUAGGAAGCUCUAAUGUCAAGUUUGUUGAUAGAAGUGACAGUACUGAACAGUCUAUCUGUGUUAAUAUUGGUAAGAUUAGUGGAGACUGGACAUCUUUAUUGAGUGUGGAAACCAAACAGGAGGUAUAUGUUGGUGAUUGUGGUUGUAUUGGUGGAUGCCCAUUUAGUGGUAAGGAAACUGUCUUAGAAUUCAAUGUUAAAGUGGAUAAAAACGCACGCUUUGGAACGACUGAGACGCUCCUACUUACCAAAAGAACUCAGUUAGAUGUUUGCGGUCAACUGGUAAAUACGAAAGACAUAACAAUUCAGCAUGGUGGGGAAUUGCUUCUUGGUUAUCCUGCCAGCACCUCUGGUAAACCUGGUGGUGAGAUGAAUCUUCAGACGGUGCAACUCUUCAAACAGGGCACAUUGAAACAAUCAGAUAGCUGUGAGAAUCCUCUUGAUAAACUACUCCAUGUACAUGUAUCUCACUUUAUUAAGUAUUACAACUCAACCCUUGAUGUAAAUGGAUUAAAUAUAACACAGAAUGUGUAUGAAGACAUUGACAUAGGUCCUACUCUACCUAUGUAUUGCCUUGAGACAGACCAUCUCCAUUUGUUAACUGGACAGGAUUGCUCAUUGAAACCUGGAGCUUACAGCUAUAAUUCUAUCACAAUUGAGAGUGGAGCAAUCAUGUUUAUCGAAGGUGACUCAUUAGGCAUAGAUUUAACUCAGAUCACAGUCACUCAAAUGGUGAUUCACGCAGACGGUCUUAUCACUGGUAAUGGAGCUGGACAUCAUGGUGGUGGUGAUGGUUUAGCUACUGGUAUUAAUGGUGCAAGUCAUGGAGGACGCGGUGGGGGGAAUACAGCAGUUGUAAGCUUGUACGGUACAUUGUUUAUCAAAGACAUGCCUCAAUCUGUACUAGAAUCUACACUAGUGUUAGCAGGCAGUGGAAGUGAACCUGUCUUAAUUCCAUUUGAUACAUGGUCUGAUAUUGAACACUUGCACAAUCUGCAAGUAUUAGACAGUGUUGUAUUUGACAUAGAUAAUGAUAUAACAGUUGAUACACUGAUGGGUGAUAACACUGGAAGUAUAAUAGCAAGUACUGGUGUGGCCACUAUCAAGACUGUGCUGCAUCCAUCUAAAGGAACACUGUGUAACUUUGAUGUAAGAUCUGGAGCUGAAGUUCAUUUCAUAAAUGAUAUUAAAUUAAGCAGUGACAUUACUGAAGUGUUACAGUUGAAUGGCAAAUUAGUUACACCAUCAGUCACCAUUGAUGAAGACCAGACUAUCUUGGUUGCUGACACUGGUGUUCUGGAAACUGAGCAGUUCAUUCUUGGUAUAAAGUCAGUUGCUGUGUUCUCACCUUUGUCAAUGGUCGGAAUAGACAGUGAUCUGUCCCUACCUGGAUCCUAUGCAUUCAAUAGACUUGAAGUAGGAGUUGAUGCUACUUUGACCUUGGAGGCUGCAGAUGUCAGUAUUGUGAGUGUAGAUGUAACAGUCAAGAGUGGAGGAUUGAUCCAAAUGACAAGUCUGUAUAAAACACUUCAUGUCAUUGCGAAUGCUACAUAUAUUGAAAGUGAAGGGUUAGUAUCUGUAAAUGAAGGAGGUCACAUAGAAGGAACUGGGAGACCGAGUGACUCUACCAAUGGAGCUAGUCAUGGUGGUGAAGGAGGAUACAUGAAUGAGCCUGUGGGUGAAGUAUAUGGAUCCACAAUGCUUCCAAGUGAAUUUGGAAGUGGUUGUGGAUCUGCUGUGAAUCAAAGUCGAGGUGGUGGAAUCCUAACAUUUGCUGUCAACGGUGCAUUCGUUUUGGAAGGAAUACUUUCUAGUAAUGGUGGAGAUGGCAGUGUUGGUUGCGGAGGCGGAAGUGGUGGGAGUGUGUUAGUUGAAGCUGGUAAGGUCGAAGGUCAUGGCCAGGUUACAGCUCAUGGAGGAUCCGGUGCAGCUAAUAUCUCAGCUGGUGGAAGUGGUGGACGUGUGGCUUUGUACAGUGAUGACGUUUCACUGUUUAGUGGUGAUAUAUUGGCAUAUGGUGGGCAUGGAACACUCCCUGGGGCUGCAGGAACUGCCUACAUGAAGUACACUGAGUAUGGUCUACUGACAGACUAUAUCAUCAUAAACAACAACAACCAGCAAACACCAAGUAACACAAUCAUUUUGAAUGAUCAAGAUCAAUUCAUCAAUAUUGCGAAUUUGAAAAUAUUGAAACAUGGUCGACUAGAAGGACGAAACUGGCAAACGAUCGAUGUAGGACAACUUGUUGGUGAUAACACUGGAACAAUCAUUGUUAUUGAUCAUCAAAACAUGUCAAUAGCUACAUCAUUUGGAACCAGUCAGCCGUACAUCCUGCAUAGCUCAAUCAUUGUAGAAGAGAAUGGAGAAUUGAGACUACCAUCAUGGGUGUAUAUUGAUGCACUCCAAACUAAGACAUCAUCCAUUGUGUUAAAGGGCAUACUGAAUGGUGCCCAAGACUUGGUAGUUGGUGAUAAUGCUGUCUUUGAAGUCUAUCAAACAGCACAUUCUGCAUUGUCUGAUGGUGAUGAAUAUUUGUACAUUGAUGACCCUGGGACACUGACCUUCAACUCAAUAAAUAUUUUAAGUAAUGGCAAGAUUUUAUUCAACACUGAUGCUGAUAUAGUAGUUAAUUUGAUUGUUGUGUCUUCUGUGAAUGUGAAAUACAGAGGUUUAAUCAGUGGAAAGAGGUUGAAUAUGAUAACAGCUGCAUUGCAAGUUGAUUAUGAAGGAAUGAUCAUGGUUGACGGGGGUGGGUAUGUAGCUGAUACAGGUCCUGGUGCUGGUGUGUACAAUGACGCUGGUGGAUCUGGUGCAAGUCAUGGUGGAUGUGGAGGGAUUGGUUCUGCUGGAAUCAGAAACAUGAUUUGUUCAUAUGGUACAUUGUAUGAAAGCACAGAACAUGGCAGUGGUGGUGGCAGCAGUAUCGGUGGUGUUGGAGGUACAGGUGGUGGAAUACUGAGCAUUGAAGCAGAUAAAUGCAGACUUGAUGGUAUCAUUAGUGCUGCUGGAUUAAGCGGCACUGGAUCAGCCGGUGGAGGCUCUGGUGUUUUGAAUGAAACCCAGAUUACUGAGUAUGAAUUUAAUGAACUUCAUAUCAAAGAUAACGUGGUUCUGCAGAUUGAAGGUGAUGGUACCUCAGUAGUUGCUGAUGAGUUUUAUGGUGAUGUCACCAGUGUGGUUCAUGUCCACCAAACUAUGAUCAUGGAAAUCGAUAAAUACACUCAAGAGACUUCACUGGAGAGUAGUUUUCAUGUGGAUCAAGGCGGUGAAAUGAGACUACCACCAAGAGUUACAUUUCUUGGUCCUGAUAAUAUUCUUUCAGGUACACUGACCAAUGUGUUUGAUCUGUCUGUCGCUGCGUACCAAACAAUUGUAUUCUCACAGCUAGGAAAAACUGCUCUAUUCCGUGGUGGAGAGUACACAUACAUUUCAGAACCCGGAGCUUACAAAUUAACUUAUCUUACUCUUGGGGAACAUUCCACUGUGCAGUUUGAAGGUGUAGCAGAUCCUACCAAUGCUAAAGUACUAUCAAUUGGAACAAUAGAGGCCAAGUAUGGAUCUGUCCUCACUGGAAGAUCAUUGAAAGUCAUCGCUAAUGACAUCAUAUUACACGCUGGUUCCACAGUAGAUUUAAAUGGUCAAGGAUAUGAUGCAGAUGAAGGCCCUGGUUUUGGUGAUACAGUCAAUGAUAUUGGUUAUGGAGCAGGACAUGGUGGAUUUGGUGGAAUAGCCAAAGAUUUAGGUGAGACUUGGUGGAACAUGAGUGGCAGUGGAGGAGGCAGUGGUGUGGAUAGUACUGGAGGAUCUGGAGGAGGUUAUCUACAGUUUACAUUGAGUGGAAAUCUCAUUCUUGAAGGAACCAUACACCUGUCUGGAAACAGUGGCAGUGGCCCUAAUAGUGGUGGUGGUAGUGGAGGUGGUGCUCUUAUAAGAUGCAAUAAUCUGAUUGGCCAUGGUAGAUUGGUUGCAAAUGGUGGCAGUGGCAUCAACUUAGGUGGUGGUGGUGCAGGUGGUCGUGUAACUAUCUUCAUUGAAAAUAUGUAUACGUUUGCUGGAUCAGUGACUGUGUAUGGUGGAAGUAACGAUUCACCAUUUAGCUCAUAUGGAGGAGGUGUUGGUACAUUCUUUCUGGGGGACAUUGUAAACCAGCGUCCCGUUUACCAUCUUUUCAUCAAUGGAAACGAGUCAAGUGAAUUACAUCAGCAGAGUCAAACUAUGAUAUCAGAUGAUUCAUAUGAUUAUGAUUAUCUAUCUAUGAUGGGAUAUGCCAAAGUCUAUACAGAAGGCGUGUCAACUGUGACUAGCAUUGGUAGUUUCAUAGGGGACAAAACUGCAACAUAUUUUGUAAAUCAUCAACAAGUUCUUUACGCUGAACGUUUCGAAGGUAUGAUAACACACAUGACCACUGAAGUUAAUUUCCUUGUUAACAAAGAAGCUUCAAUUGUGUUCCCAGACAGUUUAUCAUUGUCAAAAACGAGGUUAGAAGUACUUGGACGUCUUGUGGCCUGGAAUAUAGUCAUUGAUGCAUAUGGUGAGCUGGUCUUACAUAAUACAAGUUACACUGCUGUUACUGACCAAAGUGGAUUCCUGGAUACGAGUCUCCCAGGAUCUUACCUGUUCACUACAGUCAUUAUUAAGAAGAAUGCAAUGUUGGAUGUGAUGGUUGGUGGUCUGUCAAUGACUGCUGAUUUCUUUGAAGUGAAACGUGAUGUGAUAUUGAAUGCAGAGUUCUUCAACAUCACUGCAAGGUUGUUGUAUAUUGAUCGCAAUGCUGCUUUAGAUGUUAGUGGCAUGGCACCCAUGAAUGCAGACCAUCUUAGUAAUGGAGAUGCUGCCACGUAUGGCGGAGGUGCUUACGCUAGCCCGGGUGGUGUUGGCAUUGGUAGAGAUCUCUCCCUGGCCUCUCAGGCUUUUGGAACUAUUUAUACCCCAAAUGAAUUUGGCACAAGUGGUGGCUCAGGUGGAAUGGGUGGUGGAAUUAUUCGUCUUGUGGUAACAGAACUUCACAACAACGGUUUCAUAAGAGCAGACGGGCAGUUCUUGUCGGGUGGUGGUGGUGGUGGCAGUGGCGGUAGUGUGUGGCUAACAUGCAGUACUUUACUAACCGGACAUGGUCACAUCAGUGCAAUAGGAGGAAGUGGAAGCACAACAUCAUCUGGCAGUGGUAGUGGUGGACGCAUUGCGAUAAACAGUCCUCAUUGGGAUGAUUAUCAUGGUACAGUUUCAGCUUCUGGUGGCAGUGGACAUAGCAGUGGGCCUGGUGGUGCAGGCUCAAUAUACAUACAGGAAGUAAAAGACAAUUCACCUUUUGAAAUUCUGAAGAUUGAUAAUAGUAACAAACAAACUGAUCACUAUUUUACUCUGAAAGAAAAUUGGAUCCACUAUGACAUCAACGAGCUUUAUCUCAGUGAUAAGGUGAAGUUCCAACUGCCUGAAGAUGACGUGGAGCGUAAUUUUAACAUUGGACGUUUAGUUGGUGAUGGUUCGGCACUGAUACAUAUACACAAUCAGCAAUCUGUUGUCCUAGAAAGAGAAUUGACUGAGAACAUCACCAGCACCAAAACAAUGAUUAAUAUCAAAGUUGAUGAACUUGGUGAAGUGAUUAUGUCAAGUAGUACAUGGCUAGUUGGGAACACUGAGGAAUACCCUGCUCUUGAUUUGGCUGGGCGUUUUACUGGAGUGCACAACUUAUACCUAGCCGACCGUAGAUCAGUGAUAAUGAGACAGACUGCACAUACUGCUGAGAUACCAACACCUACAGGUGAACAAGUAGUAGCGCCCAUAGGAAUUUUUACAUUUGCCACAAUUGAGCUGUACAGUGGAAGUACUUUAGAGUUUGAACCAAACAUGGGGGCUCAUUUGAAUGCAGGAUUUCUUGGUCUUAAAUUUACUGCCAGUAUUUCAGCUGAUUAUUUUGUCAUAAAGGCUACCACUCUUGAUGUAGAGAUUGGUGGUAUCAUUACAUGCUCUGGAAAUGACAGAAACAAAUCUGAGACUAUUGACUUGCUGAUUGGUACUGGUGAUAGUGAUGACAAUGGUGGUGGCGGGGCUGGGCAUGGUAGUUAUGGUGGUAUUGGACGAUUUGCUAGUGUAUCUGGCGGUAUUCCAUAUGGAUCAAUCUAUACACCAGACAUGCCUGGAAGCAGAGGAGGCUUGAAAAGUAAUAAAGGUGGUGGCACUGUGCUGAUCAAUACGACAGACCUGAUAAUUGAUGGGAUGGUAACUACAAGUGGUGGUGAUGGGGUAAUAGAUGGAGGAUCUGGAAGCAGUGGAGGAAGUAUAUGGAUUGAUACAACCAUUAUGAAUGGAUUUGGAGACGUGACUGUGAAUGGGGGGAAUGGUGCACUGUAUGGUGGUGGUGGUUCUGCUGGCCGUACAGCUGUCUACACCCAACUUAUCAAUGAAUUCAGAGGAAACUAUCAUUACUAUGGUGGGAAUGGAUAUAAUCAAUAUUCAAGACCUGCUGGUGGUGGAAGUGGCACUCUUUAUUUAGAAGAAACAAGAAAUAGUUUUCCAUACCAACAGCUACGGAUCAAUAAUCAAGAUAGAAUGAUAAGCCAGUAUGUGACACUUUCUGAGUGGGGUACCACUGAGUAUGAGUUUGAUGAAGUCCACAUCCACCAAUCUGCAUCACUUCACAUCAAUAAAACAGUAUUAGAUGCUACUUUCAUAAUCCAUGAGGUACACGGUGAUAGAUCUGGACUUUUACACACCCAUGGAUCACAACUGUUUAUUGUUGAAGUGAUUGAGUCUGUUCAAACUGUUGCUAAACCAGCAGUGAAUUUUAUUAUUGAUGAAGAUGCUGAAGUGAUCUUCCCAUCAACUCUCCAUGUAAUAGGCAAUGGUGUCCUGUUAGAAGAUGGAAAGGUUGUCUCCUUGCAGCUAGAUGGGACACUGACUAAUGUUGCACACUUAGUUGUCGGACAAGAAUCUAAAAUGUACUUUAUGCCUAAUGCGCACACUGCUGUGAUUGAGAAUGGUGAAUAUUUGUACAAAGACAGUCCUGGUGAAUUUCAAUUUGGAAGUCUUCAACUCAUGACGGAAUCUUUGUUUACUUUUGCACCAGAUAUGGGAAUGAAGUGUAGUGUUGGUGAGUUGGACAUCAAGUAUGGUGUUAAAGUCGCCGCCGAACAUAUCAUAGUUUUUGCUUCACAGGUUAAUGUUGAGGAUGGUGCAGAUGUAACAGUAUCUGUUAUUGAUCGUCCCGAUGAUAGCAUACACAGUGAAUAUGGAACUGGGCAUGAGGCAUAUGGUGACAGUGGUGCUGGAGGCGGAGGCCAUGCCAGCUUUGGUGGUGAUGGCUAUACCAAUACAAAUCAAAGUGAUAUAGCUGGUGGUAUAUAUUUCGGGACAAUAUAUCAGCCAACAGAAAGAGGUGGCACUGGUGGAAGAGGGACAAAUGGUGAUGACGGUGGUAGAGGGGGUGGAUUUAUUAAAAUGAUCAUUGGUGGUACCCUGUACUUAGAUGGCAACAUUAAAUCUGAUGGUGGAGAUGGAAUGUCAGAAUCUAGAGGAGGUGGUGGAGCAGGUGGGUCUGUGUGGUUGGAUAGUGCAGUAAUCGAGGGCCAUGGCACUGUGACAUGUCAUGGAGGAUUGGCAUAUGGAGUGGGUGCUGGUGGAGGUUCUGGAGGCCGACUAGCAGUUUACACAUCUGUAAACCAUUUCAAAGGUAAGUAUGAUGCUUUAGGAGGAGAUGGCGAUGUCAGCAAGUCUUCAAAGGCAUAUGGCGGACCAGGAUCAGUUUAUAUACAGGAAAUCCGAAACCAAGUAGAAUACUCUGUGUUAAAGAUUGACAACAACAACAGAGGAUGGACACAGUAUUACACUUUAGAUGAGUCAGACACUCUUGACUAUGAGUUUGACGUGAUAGAAAUUGUUCGAGAAGCUUCUCUGCAGACUGUGAAUGAUACCAUGAAACAUAGCAUAACCAUCCACACUCUAAAUGGUGAUUUCACUGGUCUUCUACAUAUGCAUGCUAAGCAUACAUACUAUGUAGAUGUUAUAGAUGCUAAAACAUCAACACUGAAAACACAGGUCAAUAUGAGAAUAGAUCCUGAGGCCACCGCUGUACUAGCUACUACUGUUGAUAUCAGAGGGAAAGGAGACCCUGCGUUAUCAUGGAAUGGACAGAUGGAAGGUGUGAGACAUUUAAGGAUCGCCCAUGAAAGAAAAAUUGAGAUUGGACCUUAUGCACAUACCUCACUGAUGAUUGAUGGUAGUUAUGUUUUCCGUGAUGAACCAGGAACGUUUAGAUUUUCAAGUCUGGAAUUUGGUGCAGAGUCACAUGUAUCAUUCCCACCGCCAAUGGGUAUUGACUUCACAGUUGGAUAUUUGGAUAUGAAAUGGUCCUCCUCAUUCUUAGCUGAGUUCUUCAAGAUAUAUGUGACUGACUUUCAUCUGGAGCCUGGCGCAGCCUUGAUUUGUAGUGGCAGGGGACCAGUAGAUGGUGGUCUCGCACAAGGUAAUGGUACUGGUGCAGGUGCAGGACAUGCAACAUACGGGGGAGAUGGAUUGAAUGGCAUAAAAGGUGGUGGACCCUAUGGGUCAAUUUAUGAGCCUCAGCUUGGUGGCAGUCGUGGUGGUGCUGGAUCGAAUGGAGAGACAGGACCUAGAGGUGGAGGUACCGUGAGAAUUGUGGUUGGUUCUGUAUUCCAUCUAGAUGGGGAAAUUAAUGUGAAUGGUGACAGUGCUGUGUCUUGGUCUGGUGCUGGUGGAAGUAGUGGUGGCAGUAUCUGGGCUAGCACAGGUCAUUUGCGUGGGCAUGGUUUGAUGUAUGCCAAUGGUGGAAAGGGUGACGGUGCAGCUGGUGGAGGUGCUGGUGGUCGCAUUGCUGUUCAUGUGAUGCAUACUGAUGAAUACCGUGGUGGGUUGAUGGCACUCGGCAUGGGUAGUAACAGUGGAGGUGACAUAGGUGGAACAGGAACUGUGUUUGUUGAGGAGUUCAGAAAUGGAACUUAUUAUAACAGACUGUACCUGGAUAACCAACAUGUGAAUCCAGUUAAAGUAUUCCUCUUAGACGAGCAAAAUCCUAGAAUUCUGAGAGCUGGAGCAAAAGAGCAUAACAAUGCUGACUAUGGAUUCAAUGAGUUAACACUUAAUAAUGAGGGCGUGUUUGAAAUAUCUAACCAUGACUGGUCUACCGCAUCUGUGUCUAUACUUAAUGUUAUCAGCGAUGGAAAAGGUGUUUUCAACAUCGCUGCAGAUCAGACAUUUUAUAUCGAAUAUAGCCCUGCUGAACUGCGCAGAGUUCAUCCACGUGUUAAUUUUGUUGUUGAGAAAAGUGGAGAACUCUAUUUACCAGUGGAUUUCAGAAUUAAUGGAGAUAAUACACCAGCACUGUAUUUAAAUGGACGACUGACAGGCGUGGUUAAUUUAACUCUUGCCACAGGCAAAGAAAUGUAUGUUGAUGUUGAUGCUUCAAAUGCACAAAUAGAAAAUGGAACAUACACAAAUCCACCGCAACCAGGAACCUUGGCUAUGGGUCAUAUUAAAUUAGAGUCUACCUCCAGAUUAAUAUUCCCAGAGAAGAUCAGUUUAGAAGUUAAUGACCUGACAAUGCGAUACAGCUCCAUACUGUCGGCUGAUGAAGUAUUUAUUAGUGCAUCAAAUAUCCACAUAGAAGGAGGGGCAGUGAUUACUACCAGUGGACGUGGUCCAUCAUUAGGUGACAGUCCUGGGUUGACCAUCAAUGGUACAGAUCAUGGAACUGGUGCUGGACAUGGUGGAUAUGGUGGAGGAAGUGAUGUCAUUGAAUAUGCAUCAGGACUUGGAUAUGGUUCCUACUCCAUACCUGUACACAAGGGCAGUGAAGGAGGAGGCGAUCUUGGCGGUGCUGGUGGUAGUCUUAUUCGCUUAGAUAUUGGUCAUGAGAUUCACCUAGAUGGAAGACUGGAGAACGAUGGACAGGAUGCUACAGGUGGAAACUCUGGUGGUGGCAGUGGUGGUAGUAUCCAUAUAUCUACACUGCUCUUCUCUGGUCAUGGCAUCAUAUCCGCUAAUGGUGGCAAUGGCGAAGGAUUUGGAUAUGGAGGAGCAGGUGGACGAAUUGCUGUCCAUGUAUCAUGGCUCAGAGAAUUUGCGGGUAUUUACAGAACAUAUGGAGGAUAUGCAGGUGUGCUUGUGAGUGGAACAGACAGCAAUGGUGCGGCUGGUACUAUUUACUACACAGACACUAACCAAGGAAUAAACUUCCGGAAAGCAUCAUAUGAUGAAUUCAACAAGACUCUCUGGCAAGAUGGUUUCCGUAAACUCUAUCUUGACAAUGACAAUAGAAACCAUGUACUGCCUACAAUUGUUGUGAGUGAAAACGACACUAGUUUUGAAUUUGAUGAAAUAGAAAUACAUAAUCAUGUUGUAUUUUGGUUGGACAAUGUGGUGAGUGUUCUUACUGUGCAUAAGUUUGUGGGUGAUAGAACUGGUUUAAUGCACCUUAGAGCAGGGCAACGGAUGUUCUGUGAAGUUGUAGAAUCUCAAUCUGGAUUCACUAUUGCUCCAGUUAGUUAUAAAGUUGAUAGUGGUGCUGAGGUUGUGUUUCCAUCUAUGCUCACACUGCUUGGAACAAGAUCUCUGAUUGAAGGUCUUAUCACUGGAGUUAAUGAUCUUAGACUCGCUGAAGGUGCAGUGACAAUAUUCACAUCUACAACUCAGACAGCUCUAAUGGAAAAUGGAACGUACACCCAUAUGACCACACCUGGCAACAUAAGCUUCAGCUCUAUCACAGUACAGAAAGAUUCUGUAAUUGAAAUGACCCAGGUAGAAGGAGAUCUUACAGUCACUGCAACAAACUUAGCAAUAAAAUAUUAUGGCACAAUUCACAUGAAUGAAGGAGUUAUAAGUACUGGCAAUUCUUGGAUAGAGAGUCAAGGUCUAUUACAACUAAGCUAUCGUGGAUAUCCUGCUGAAUCUGGUCCAGGUGCUGGUGAGAGUUCUGCUAUUGGAGUGGGUUAUGGGGCAGGACAUGGAGGACAUGGUGGAGCUGAGGAACCAUUCACAGGUGGUGAAGCAUAUGGCAAUUUAUAUCACCCCACUGAAAAGGGUAGUGGAGGAGCCAAUGCAGGAGGCAAAGGCGGCAGUGGAGGUGGAGUUCUGUACUGGGACAAUGGAAAAGAGCUGCGAGUGGAUGGAUACAUACGAUUGCAAGGUGAAGAUGGCAUCGGGGGUAACAGUAGUGGAGGAAGUGGUGGAAGUAUCUUGAUUGAUACAAUGAAUUUUACAGGACAUGGUGAGAUCAAUGUAAAUGGAGGUAAUGGUGCAGGACUUGGGUAUGGUGGAUCUGGUGGACGCAUUGCUGUGCAUGUACAUCACAAACAUAGGUAUGCUGGCAAAUACAAGUCUGUUGGUGGAAGCAAUGAUGGGAUGAAUUUUGCAGCUGCUGGCACGUCAUACAAGGAAGAGACAUCUCGUGGUCCCCAAUACCAAGACAUUAAAUAUGAUAGGGAUACAAAUUCAACCUAUGUAACAGCAGCACAUUCAUAUUUGCACAUUGAUAAUGAAGAUCAACAUGUGCCUUGGCUGUUUACAAUGCUAAUGGAAGGUGAAAAGGAUUGGUAUGAACUUGAUGAAGCUCAUGUAACAAGAUAUGCAAAUGUACGAAUUCAUCAUCCUACUGCUUCUCCUAAUGUAACUGUUGUAAUCCACACAUUCCUUGGUGAUAAAACUGGGUUAUUCAAUAUACAACUAAAUCAGGUACUCUAUGCUGAUGUAGUCGAAUCAGUGACAAAUGAGACAGUGGCACCAGUGAGUUACUACAUCGAUGAAGGUGCAGAGAUUGUUCUUCCAUCAACUGUCAAUAUACGUGGUACACGUACUGUCCUAGCUGGGUUGAUCACAGGCGUGCAUACAUUACACAUAGCAAAGGGAGGAGAUGUAGUCUUCCAAUCAUCAGGACAAACUGCAAGGACUGAGAAUGGAAAUUAUGUUGAUGUCUCACCACAUGGCAAUUUCUCUUUUGCUAAAUUCUCAGUCGAAAGGAAUUCAAAAGCUGAGUUUCAACAAAUCAAUCACCCUAUGAGUAUCACUGUUAGUGAAUUCAAAGUCAAAUAUCAAGGGGAAUUGUACAUGAAUUUUGCUAAUAUCAUAUGUUCCUAUGCAUGGAUUGAAAGUCAAGGCAUUUUUCAGUUGGAUGGACGAGGACACUAUCCAGAGGAAGGCCCUGGUGCUGGAUGGACAACUAAUGAUACCAUAGGGAUGGGUGCUGGUCAUGGUGGUCAAGGUGGUGGCACACCUCCAUAUGGUGGCAAUGCAUAUGGUUCUGUCUUCAGGCCACUUGAACGGGGGAGCGGAGGUGGAAAUGGGAAUGGCACUGGUGGCCGUGGAGGUGGUGUUCUCUUCUGGCAAGUGGGAGAGCGUCUUGAAUUAAAUGGUGAAUUGGCAUUACGUGGACUCCCAGCAGAAGGUUGGGACUCUGCAGGAGGAGCAGGAGGCAGUGUGCUGAUAGAAACAUUGAAUAUGACUGGGCAUGGUGACAUUACCGUACAUGGAGGGGCAGGUACAGGCCGUGGAGGAGGUGGUGCAGGUGGGCGCAUUGGGAUACACUGCCAGUGGAGAUUUCAGUAUGGUGGGCGAUUUGUCAAUUAUGGUGGUAAGGGUGGCAAUGGAAAUCGUGUUCAUCAUGGAGGUGCAGCUGGAACAACAUAUAAAGAGGAGAAUUAUAGAGAACUGGAAUACAGACAUAAAAAGUAUGAUAAAGUUUACAAUGUAACUUACUUAGCUGUGGAUCAUACUUAUAUACACAUGGAUAAUGAUGGCAAAGUUGUACCUGUAGCCACAAUGAUUAUGGAGGACUAUAGAGUGGAAUAUGAAUUUGAUGAAUUAGAAAUCACAAGUGCUGCUAGGUGCGUCUUCUAUCAUCCAGAUAACACAACCCAAGUGGAACUUAUUGCUCACAAAUUUAUAGGAGACAGAACUGGCCAGUUGCAUAUACAGCUCAACCAAACUGCAUAUAUUGAAAUAGUUGAAUCAGAAACCAACAAGACAUUAGCACCUGUAAGCUACAUAACAGAUGCAGGAUCUGAACUGAUUCUACCUGAAGAAGAAGCCAAGUAUUUGAAAGAAUACAACACAACUAUACUGGAUGUAGAUCACAAAUACUUACAUGUAGACAACAUUGGGUUAAAAGUACCAGUAGCAUCAAUGUUAAUGGAGGAAAACACACUUGAAUAUGAAUUAAAUGAAAUGGAAUUAACUGGAUCCGCUCGUCUUAUCAUAUAUCACCCAACAGGUGGAAAAGUAACUGUUAUUGUCCAUAGGUUUAUUGGGGAUAAAACAGGACAAUUACAUAUUCGCAAUGAUCAGAUCGUUUAUGUUGAAUAUGUUGAGUCAUUUAACAACAGAACUGAAGCCCCCUGUAGUUACAUAAUAGACUAUGGUGCUGAAAUUGUAAUGCCAUUUGAAGUGCGCUUACAUGGUACAGACACACUUAUAGAAGGCUUGCUCACUGGUGUGCAUCAUUUGUUCAUUGAACAAGGUGCCAAAGUGGAAUUUACAUCAACAGCUCAAACUGCCAUGCUGGAGCAAAGACAUUAUGCCCACAUUACUGAAGAAGUAACUUUACAAUGUCAUCAGUGUAUUUGCAACACUGGAUGGGUUGGCAGUGGAUGUCAUAUACCAGAUUGUCCUGGUGAACCAGACUGUAAUGCAAGGGGUACAUGUGACAGAAGCUAUGAUCCACCAACCUGUACCAAUUGUGAUGAUGGAUGGAUAGGUGCUGCAUGUGAAUUACCAUGUGUCAAUGGAACAGCACAGCCAGAUUUCACUUGCUUAUGUCACCCAUGCUAUGGUGGUGCAGGAUGUAAUCAAGAAUGUAAUAACCAUGGUAGCUGCAUUGACAACACUAACAGUAACCAGACAUGUGACUGUGACGUGUCAUGGUGGGGUGAUACAUGUACUGUUCGUGGUUGUCCAGGAGUUGGUGAAAGCUGUUCAAAGCACGGUUUCUGUAAUGUCAAUGAUCAAGAGUGCUAUUGCUAUUCUGGAUGGAAAGGGAAUGAUUGCAAUACACCAGAUUGUCCUGGAACACCUGAUUGUAGUGAUAGAGGUUUCUGUAAUGGAACAUAUGAGCCUCCAAUGUGUAUCUGUGAUGAUGGCUACAUGGGUGAGAAAUGUCAUAUACCAUGUAUUCAUGGAGAACAGUCACCUCCCAAUAGUGGCAUUUGUGUAUGUGAUCCCUGUUACUCUGGUAUGAGCUGUGAUACCCAGUGUUCCAAUCAUGGUAGCUGCAUAAAUAAUUCCUGUGUCUGUGAAACUGGUUAUAAAGGUGACAGUUGUCAUUAUCUAGACUGUCCAGGUGAUCCGGACUGUUCAGAACGUGGUACUUGUGUAAGACGAAGUGGAUCAUCUAUAUGUAUAUGUAAUCCUGGGUUUGAUGAAGAUGAUUGUUCUGUAAUGGUAUGUCCCGGUACACCACAAUGCAAUGAUAGAGGAUCCUGUGAACUGAUUAGUAACACUCCACAGUGUAACUGUCAGCAUGGAUUUGAUGGGAAUGCAUGUGAGCUGUGUCUACCUCGGUAUGAUGGGACCCAUUGUGAACAUUGCAUUGAUGGAUACAUAGGAUGGAACACUGACUGUGGUGUGUUUUGCCUACAUGGAUAUGCUACUGAGACUGGAGGUGAUCUGUGUGAAUGUUAUGCUGAUGAAACCAGUGGAUUCUGGACUGGUGCUAGUUGUAACGAGUGCAUUGAAGGUUGGGGAUUACCGGACUGUAAGGGAUGUGGUGCAAGUUUUGUUGGUCGUGGCCAUUGUGAUAUUCGAUGUGAAGCUAACCAGGGUAGGUACAGAGAUCCCUCAGAUGGGCAAGGAGGCAAGGAAUCUGUGAUACCAGUACUACAGUGUGUGUCAGUCAGUGAUGAUGGUGAUGGUUAUGUCGCAUGGCUUGGAUAUGAUAAUAAUAACCAGCAUAAUGUGUACAUUCCCAUUGGUGCUGAUAAUAGAUUUGAAAUCAACAAUGAACAUGGUAGCAGCAUAGCCUAUGAGAAUAUGGGUCAGCCUACCAAGUUUAAACCAGGACAGAUGAGGAGCGUGUUUUUCAUUAUUAUACCAGAUGAGGAGACUGAGUACACCUGGAAUAUCGCAUAUACAUUAUCCAAUCAAGUGUAUAGAACAUCAAUAAAAUACAACAGUGGGGUAGAAUGCACUGGUAAUGAGUGGGAGGACAAUCAGGAAUUUAAUAACGAAACUGAUCCUGGCUACUGUGAGUGCUACCAUGGAUACUGGGGACCUGCAUGUGAGAAUGAAUGUAUUGGUGGGGCUAGUAAUCCUUGCUUUGGUCGCGGGAAAUGUGACUCAAUUGAUGGCAAUUGCACAUGUGAUGUCAACUACCUACCUUUUAGUGACUGUUCAGACUGUGCAGAUGGCUGGAUUGGGGCAGAUUGCUCUAUAGGGAUCCCUAGCUUACUGAAUGCAGUUGGUGGUUCUUAUCUUGGAAAAACGUUUGGGCUUGGUCAUUUCACAACAUUUGAUGGAGCCAGUUUCAUAUUUUAUGGCCGUGGAGAAUACCUCCUAUUUGCUAAUGGUGAACUAGAGAUACAGAUACGAAUGGUACAGUGCAAUGCCGAUGGGCAAGGAAGUUGUUUUAAUGCUAUAGCCUUCAAGAUUGGUGCUAAGACUAUGACAAUCCAUGGUGGGUAUACUGAUGAUGAUUUAGGAGGUGUCGUGUGGAUUGAUGCUGUUAAGUCUUCCCUGCCACAGACAGAACACUUGGGAUCUGGAUACUACCUCUCAAGAGUUGCUAUCGAUCAUUACAAGUUGUCAAGUGACUACAUUAACCUAGAUGUGUUCAUCCAUGGAAGAUACAUUGCUUGUGAUUUGUCAGUUGACACUUCAAAAUGUAGUGGAUCACAUGGUCUGUUAAGCUCCUGUGACGGAAAUCCUUGGAAUGACUUCAUCACUAGUGAGGGACUGGAGCUUACAGCAAACAUAACUGGCACACUCAGCCAAGAAACUGUACAUAAUAUCUAUGGACCAUCUUGGUUUGUCAACUCUAAAAGUAGUCUCUUUGUUUACAACUAUGGAUUAUUUGACGAAGAGAGAAACAAUACUGGCUCUGAAGCUGGAUAUGCAUUAUUUUUCAGAGAUUCUCAUUUGUAUUCAGAUGAGCUGUUCACUUUCUCUGAUGGUGAUGUUACAUUUGAGUUCCAAUUCAAAUUGAGCCCUGAUCAUAUACAGUGUGGCACGUUGUUCUCAUACACAUUAGUUGGCACGUUUUCUCUCACUUGCUGUCGAGAUUACCUGAUUGUAAGUUAUGAUGAUGAAUUAAACCAAGAAGUGUUACUCACAGUAGUUGAUGAAGUUUGGUACCAGGUGUCAUUAGUGUGGCAAGCCAGCACAAAGCUCUUACAGAUUUACAUCUAUGAUUUUGAAGUCCUGCAAAGUGAUCGUGUAGACUUUGCCAACGUUGGAACUAUUCUUCCACCAGGUGGAAUUCUAACAAUUGGAAAAUGGAACUCCCAUCUUCAUACCUUCUCUGAUCCUCCAUAUCCUGGGUUUGUUGGAUGGAUGGACGAAUUCAUUAUAUGGAAACAAAGAUUCGGCCUUACAGAUUUACAAAACCACUGGGGUUUGUUUAUAGAUUACAAUACUAAAGGCCUUGCUAGCCUGUGGCGAUUCAAUGAAGGAAGUGGAUUAGUGAUUCAGGAUUCAGCCUCCACAGCGAAUCUGAAAAUGCCUCCAGAUCCAUGGAAUAACCCCGAAUGGGUUUACUCAUCAGCAGUUGUGAGGCGUUCUUUGUCAUACUCGGUAUUAGCACAGUAUAUGGCAUCUAGUUCGUCUGAUGAUUUUGUAAUUGCUGCAGAGCAUACAUGCUAUGACCUCAUAUAUAGUAACAUACUACAACGUGAUUGCUCUACCCUUGGCAUGUCUAAUUAUUUCUACUUGUCUUGCCUGAAGGAUGUCAUCAACAAUAAUAAAUUAAAUAGAGCAAUGGAUCUAAUUCUGGGUUAUGCUGAUUAUUGCAAAGCCAUUUUACAACUCUCAUACUGGCCAGCACAGCCAUUUUGCAACUAUUUUGAAGGUAGGCAUUUUCCCCUCUGGAUUGGUGAAAACUGUAACAUUCCCUGCAUAUCAGGAACAUCUUCUCCACAUAAUUCAGCACAUUGUAUGUGCUAUCCAGGUUUCUGGGAUGAUACAUGCAGUAGUGAAUGUCCGGCUGGUGCUUUCUCACCUUGCCAUGACCAUGGAGUCUGCGAUUCAGACAUUGGUACUUGUGACUGUCCAGCAAAGUAUACAGCUGAUUGUUCUGUGUGUGCGCCAGAUUGGUUCGGAGAGGAAUGUGUGUCAGCGAAAGUUGAUAUUUCACAGAGCACACAUUAUGCUGUGUGUUCAGUUUUCAGCUACUCUCAUUACAUCACGUCAGAUGGCGCCACCUAUGAUAUGAUAGCUGCAGGCGAGUUCAUCUUAGUUCAAUCCAUACCUCUGUCUGUGUUUGUUCGUCAAGUUCCAUGCUCGGCAGGACGCACAUGUAUCAACCAGGUUUGGAUUCAUGUUAGGGAGGCUGAUGUUAGUAUCCAUGGACCAUAUGAUGACACUGGACGUGAAGUGAUAUCAUUGGAUGAAGAGGAAGUAUUGUUUGAUCAGUAUAUUGUAGUUGGAGAUGCUACGUUAGAACGAAUUGGUCCUAAACAGUAUACCUUCUCACAAGGAGAUAUCAGUAACAUCACUAUCACCAUCAGUGGUAGAUUCCUCGACCUUCAAAUUGUACUACAUAAAGACCAUUGUGAAGCAUCUGACGGUACACUUUGUGGAAGCUGUGAUGGCAACAUUGAUAAUGACUUUCAGACGUCUUCAUCUAUUUACAUACUACAUAGCGACCUCACAUUUGACAUAAUCAAUAAUGAAUUUGCGGAUUAUUGCAAACUUUCUAACACAGCACAGACCAAAUUUAGACUCAGUCAUGGUGAAUACAGAGAAGAUAGAGAUAUCAGCGCUGGUGGUUACUGCUUACAUUUUAGCAAUAGUCAUUGUGAAAGCCAGUCAUUAGUACACACUUUUGAUCUUGAUGAUGAUGUCAGCAUUGAAUUACUAGUCCGUAGUGAAGAUCCUAAUUUAUAUGGUGGAACCUUAUUAUCAUAUGUAAACAUUCAUCUCUUUGCAAUCACAAAUGAUGGAACACUGAGACUGCAUUAUAAUUCAAAAGAUAUUGAUACUGGAAUUGUACUAUCAACCAAGCAGUGGGUACACAUAUCAUUUGUUUACUUCAGAUUGACUGGCACGUGUACACUUUAUGUAUUCAAUGAAUUUGGAGAGAUUAGUGGUUAUUCCUACAAACUAACAACCGGAUUAUUUAAUCCCGGGGGCAUUAUAGCACUAGGAAUAUGGCCACCUGGUCACAAAGGGGGAAAUACUCCCAAAACAACAUUUACUGGUGAGAUUGAUGAACUACGAAUCUGGAGGACUUCAUUUGACUAUAACACUGUCAGACAAAACUAUAGAAUGAAUGUACAGCCUGGGAUGACAGGAUUGAGUGGACUGUGGAAGUUCUCAGAAGGGCAAGGGAACAGCGUCAAAGAUGAAGUAUAUAACCAUUAUAUAACCAUACCAAGGAAUAAAGGUGCUUGGUGGUAUCUAUCCAAUUCACCUGUUGAUAAUGGACCGAGACAUGAUUAUAGGUUCAUUUCUUUACUCUUCAGUGAAUUUACCAAAAGCCCAGCUGCACAAUGUAGAACCGCAAUUCUUGAAAGCAAAAUACAUGAUGAAUGUGCUACACUUGGAAAUGCUCUAGCAGAGUAUUAUUACGACGCCUGUGUUAUGGACAUUGCAUAUUCUCAGUCAAUGUUUUCAUAUACUUUGUCUGUACAAGCAUAUUCUACUUACUGUGAGGCUGUGCUACAACUACCAUUCUCGCCAGAAGACCCGUGUAAAAUGAAUGCCACCGGCCCUGGUUGUGGAAUCCAUUGCGUAUUUGGAUCACCUGAUCUUGAAAACAAUGUUUGUGAUUGUAAUCAUGGAUACUGGGGUGAGUCGUGCACUAAGAUAUGCCCUGGUGGGACGAUCAAUACAUGUAAUGGCCAUGGAGUGUGUACUGAUGAGACUGGGCAUUGUGAAUGUGAUGUAGGCUGGGAUGUUGAUUUCAACUGUACAGUCUGUGCUCCAGGAUGGACAGGAGACUUGUGUACAACCAAUACUGACACUGGAGGAACAGGAGAAAUCUAUGUGUGUAGCAUGUUCGGGCAAGGACAUUUCAACAUCUUUGAUAAUGCUAGAUUCGACUUCAAAGAAAUUGGGGAAUACAGCCUGAUUAGAUCAGAGUCAAUGACAUUACAAAUCAGAAUUCUUCCUUGUUAUCUUGACUCAUCGUGUAUAACAGCAGUAGCACUCAGAUAUAAUGGUGAAGAUGUUGUUGUUAGAGCUGGCUAUACCACAAACAGCAAAUCUCUGCUUUGGUGGAAUAACAAUAACAUAGACUAUACUGAAAACACAGUACGAAUGAACAGUUUUGUUUUCAACCAUGUGUCCACCAAUGAAUACUUACUACAAGAUACCGCCGAUGACAUCCAGUUGCGUAUUCGUGUUGCUGAUCGAUACUUUAGUGUUACAUCUAAAGUGAAACAAUCUUUGUGUUCUGACAUAGAUGGUAUAUGUGGAUCAUGUGAUGGUAACGUGACCAAUGACAUCACAGAUGUAGGACUUGCAAUCAGCACUGGCAUUUGGACUGUGCAUGUAAACAACAGUUUGUUUGGACCAAUCUUUAUCGACAGUGACUAUGGUGAGACUCCAUAUACUACAGGUGCAGGUUAUAGUUUGAUGAUCAGUGACAGUCAUUUGGUCUCAGAUCUUUUAACUGACAUAUUCAGCGAGUCUGAUGAUGUGACUGUUGAAUUCCUGGUUCAACUUGUACAAGAUGGGGUAGUGUUUUCACAUGCAUCCGUCACAUCGUUCUCUAUAAUAAGUGAAACAUAUAUCAGAGUGCAAAUAGGUGAAAGCAUCAUAAACACAACACUUUCAUUUGAGAAAGAUGCAUGGAACCAUGUUGCAGUUGUAUGGAAGAGAGCUGUCCGGCUAUUAUUUGUCUACAUCAUUAGUGCUGAUGGAACAAUGCAUUAUGAUACUAUACCCACCAAUAAGGUGAUAUUCUCAAAUGGCGGCACACUUAGUUUUGGAACCAAUCAGCCAGCAUCCGGUGAAAGAAUUCAAGUUCUGACCCACGUUCCAUUCAUAGGAGAGAUAGAUGAAGUCCGAAUAUGGAGGAGAGCACUUUCCUCUAUUGAAAUAGAACACAGUUGGCAUUUCAACAUCAUGCCAGAAACACCUGACCUACUAUGUUUAUGGAAAUUCAAUGAAGGACAAGGUGAUGUUAUCUACAAUUUAGUUGGCCACAUCCAUCUCAGAUUCUUCAAUCAUGUUUGGAAUUACAACAUCCCAAAAUGGAGGUUCGCAUAUUCAUCAAUAGAACUUGUAUUAGUGAAAUAUACGUAUACGUUUGUUGACAGCGCAAUUGAGGUUUUAAUUACAGAUCACUGUACACAGAUUGUGAGAGAUUCUUCAAUGUCAACCACAUGUAGUGAUCUUAGUGGUGGCUUGAUUGAUUUCCAUUUCAAGGCAUGCAUCCAUGACAUGGGUUGGUCUAAUAACGCCUAUGGCUCAUUGGCAGUGAGCAUUUCAUUGGCUGAUUACUGUUACUUAGUGUUACAGCCUCCCUCAUGGCCAGCAAAAGACCUUUGCAAUGCAUUCUCUGGUGUAGUAUUUCCAAUAUGGUUUGGUAAUACCUGUGAUGAUGAGUGCUAUUUUCCCUCAGGCAGUACAGUACUGACCGGUAUUUGUUCUUGCCAUGUUGGAUAUUGGGAUUCUCAGUGCAAUUCAGUGUGUGUGGGUGGGGCUGGUAAUCCAUGCAACAACCAUGGAGUGUGUCAACCAGAUUCUGGUCAAUGUGAAUGUGAAGACAAUUGGAAAGGAAACCUGCAGUGUACAGCAUGUACUGAUAACUGGAGAGGAUCAGAUUGUUCUUUAGCUGUCACACCUAUAACACCUACAGACACUAUUAAACAUUGCUACACCUCCAAAGGUGGAUUCUACACACUCUUUGAUGGAGGGAGUAUAACUUUCAAAAACAAAGGAGAAUAUCUAUUUUAUAAAGGAGCAUCUGAUGGAGUCCAGAUUAAUCUACUGCAAACAGCUUGCGACAACCAAGAAGUGUGUACAGUAUCUGUUGGGAUAUCAUUUGAGAGCACAGUGCUAAUUCUAGAUGCAUCAGAAGAGGACGAUUAUGAACCCACUGUCUGGUUUGGUGAUCAGAGAAUAUACCCUGGGAAAGAGACAACAUUAACACCUGACUUCAGAUUAAUUAGAAGAUCUUUACAGAUUUAUGAAGUUCUUGGACCAAGUGGUUUUCUUCUGAAGUUAUUUCUUGGUGGGAUUUAUUUCAAUGUUGACUUUGAUAUCAGAACAUCGGGUUGCAGAGAUGUAUACGAUGGAAUCUGUGGUCCUUGUACAAUAAAAAAUGAUGUCUGUCCACCUGAUGAUAUCAAGUGUCGGAUGAAAUAUACUGGAUUGGUGGAGUUUUCUACUCAUUAUGACAUCAAUCUGAAGCUUGUACAUGAACUGUUCUCAGAUUGGAAGAUCACAGUUGUUGAUUCAUUAUUUCCAUCAAAUCUCAGAAAUAUCGGAGGAGGAUACAGCCUUGGUUUCAGUGAUAGUGGACUUGUGUCUUGGCCGUUCCAUGAUUAUGUUCUGAUAGAUAAACACCUAACACUGCAAUUGUACACCAAAAUAUAUGUAGCAGAAGGCACAUUAAUAUCAUAUACUCACCAGUCAACUUUUUCAGUGUCUAUCUUGGCUCAGAAAUACUGUCUCCACUUUGGCAGUGUUGUUAUUGACACUAGUAUAAUUGUGAAAUUAAAUAUCUGGGUUCAAAUUUCACUGGUCUAUAAUGUAGCGUCAGGUAUGAUGGAGUUCUCUGUUGUGGAUGAAGAUGGAUGGUGUUUCCAUGGAUACUACUAUAUUGGAUUACAUGUGUUUGUACCAGGGGGUGCAUUUGGUCUGGGAAUAUGGCAACUACCGCCAGAUGGUAUGGGAAACCCUCCAAUGGGGCAGUUCAGUGGUGAAAUUGAUAGAGUUGUUAUUUGGGACAAACGCUUUCCAUUGAUUGAUAUUAUAAGGUCUUCACAUGUACAUGUGACAAGAUAUGAGCGCAAUAUUAUCUCACUAUGGAACUUGAAUACUGGAGCUGGAUUAAUUGCUUAUGAUCCAGUGUCAUUGCUCGAUUUCAAUUUUCCAACAGUCGUAAAUCUACAACCAAACUGGCAUUUGUCUACAGCUCCCAUACAAACAGUUAUUGAUGUGCUUUUUAGAUUGGUGGUUCGAUUCACUGACCCAGUUCUUGAGUUGGAAGCCCAUGAUGUAUGUACGAGAUUGAUGUUUAGUGGUACUAUGCAAACUCAUUGCGGAACCUUGACAGUAAUAUCAACAUACUACUUCCAUGUCUGCCUCACUAACAUCGCUAUGUCAGGGAAUCUCAAUCAAAGUAUGGAUGCAGUACUAUCAUUUUCAUCACAGUGUGAACAACUACAAAAUCUUCCGUCACCACCGGCACAAAGUCUCUGCAAUGACUUUCCAGGAAGACACUUUCCAAUCUAUGUAGGGGAGCACUGCCAACAGAGAUGCUACUUUGGUGUUUAUAAAGAUACUAAGUGUGUAUGCCAUACUGGAUACUGGGGAUCUGAAUGUAACCAUGUAUGCCCAGGAGGAGGUCCUCAUAAUCCAUGUAAUGGGCAUGGCAGCUGCGAUGACAUCACCGGUGAUUGCAUAUGUGACAAGCAAUGGCAGGGAGGAACAUAUUGUAGUUUAUGUACAGUUGGCUGGAGUGGUAGAGAUUGCUCUAUUCUGCUGCCAAGUUUACCUGAUAUCCAUCCGGUAGUAUGUUCAGCUCGGUCUGGUGCUUUUAUUAACUUUGAUGGUAUGGCAUUCAACUUCAGAAGUGCAAAUGUGAUACAGCUACUCAAAGCAGAAAAUAUUGAGUUACAGAUCAACCAGAUUAGUUGUUACGAUGAUUCACUCUGCAUUGAUGCAAUUGGUAUCAUGAUGUUUGAUGACAUUGUGACUAUUCAUCAUAAGGGUAACUACAAGACCAAGUCUUACCAAAACUAUGAGUCAGUCAACUUCCAUGGUGGUAGGCAUAUUAAUAGAGAAGAUCAGUGUCGUCUCCAUGUAGCUAUGUAUUCAUCAAAGUAUUACGAGUUCAAUGUGCCAGAGAUUGGUCUCACUGUGAACAUAAUGGCACUGAAGGAACAUUUCUUGAUUGACAUGGAAGUUUCACCUGAGUUCUGUUGUAGCUCUGCUUUCUUUGGCAUCUGUGGUCCCUGCUCCUACUGCAGUGGCGUGAUUUCCCCCAAUCAAUGUGGGACUAACCGUAAACGUCGAUCCACAUACACGCUGAAUAAUAAUGUGACUACACCGAUUGUGAUCAACGAAACUGACUCUGAAGAAAUCAUUGAUGAAAAAUGUCUCAUGGCUAUUGUGAGUCCGGGGAUGUUCCGUGAAGAUAUGGAAUCUGGUUUCAAUCCAAAUUUUGAAACUGGAGCUGGACAUUGCAUCUUCCUCAAUCAUACGUAUGUUGGUGUUGAUGAAGUACAUCUGUUUAGUGGUGGUUAUACCACAAUAGAAUUGCUCAUAAGGACAUGUGACUCAACAGUUUGUGGUGGGACAAUUUUUUCCUAUAGCAGCGGCAGUACUUUCUUCAUAACCCAAGAAUUUGGAUCAUUAACUGUGCAUUACAGUGACUUGAAUUACACAACUGAUAUCAUCUUUCAAGUAGAUGUGUGGAACCAACUAUCAUUGGUUUGGGAUCAUGACAGUUAUGUUUUGAAUAUGUAUAUAUUUAAUGAUGUAGGAGUUGUAAAACGGCAGAUGAUAACUUUUGAUGUUGAUGUCCUGUUGCCCGGUGGAUCGCUGUAUAUAGGUCAGUGGCAAGCAGCUGCAGAUGGCAAAGGAUUUCAACCGCUGGGUAUAUUCAAGGGUUACAUCGAUGAAUUUAAAAUUUGGAGCAGAUAUUUUGACAACUUUGAAAUCCAAGAGAAUUGGAAUGUUAAUAUACAACCUGGUGCUCCCUAUCUAACAGCUAUAUGGAAAUUCAAUGAAGGAAAUAAUGAUAUAUUAUAUGACUCGGUGUCUAAUAUUCCGAUGUAUUUGCGACCAUCACCAGCCAAUCGUUCACCUGCCAAAAAAGUGUAUUCUGAUGCACCUGUACCACUUCCAACUAGAAUCAUUGUACAAGACCCAGUAGAUAAUAAAGACCACUGGGGAGUGGACUACUGCCAUAAACUAUUUUUCACUGGACCAGUCUAUGAGGACUGUAAAUCAUUGGGUGACAGUGUAAUACAUCAGUACAAUGACAAAUGUGUGAGUGGCGUUAUUGCAACCAACAGUACUGAAGCUGCCUUAGAAGUUGUGUUGGAUUUCUCUGGAUAUUGUCAGAUUAUUCUCCAGUUGCCAAGUUCACCUGCGAAAACACUGUGUAAUUCCUUUGAAGAUGUGGAUUUCCCAAUAUGGAUUGGAGAGGAAUGUGAUAUACAAUGUUUGUUUGGUACACAAGACACCAUGCAAUCAGGACUAUGCAUAUGUGAACCAGGGUUUUGGGGAGAUUCGUGUGAUAAUGUAUGUCCUGGUGGAGUGGACAAUCCAUGUAAUAAUGUUGGUGCAUGUGAUUCAGCAACUGGAAUAUGUGCUUGUCCUGCGAACUGGCAAGGAAAUGAAAACUGUACUGAAUGUUCACCUGGUUGGUUAGGAAAUGACUGUUCAAUGAUAAAUAUAUACUACUCUGUAAUUGAUGUGAGGAUGCGUUACAGGAUCUCCACUAUUCUUAGUUCGUCACAGCUAACAACCAUGAGUGGCAUCACGUUCCUACACUAUUCUAUUGGUGAAUACUACCUACUGCGAGUGUUAAACUACAGACUAAUAGUACAAGCUAAGUUUAUUAGAUGUUAUGGAACCUAUUCAUGCAUUAGACAUUUGGGCAUUCGAUUUGGAGACUAUUCCGUGGGAUUCACCCGCAUCACAUUCAGUGGACCAUCCACCAUUGGAAGCUAUCCCAGGACAUGUGUAAAUGGCUUGGAAAUGGUCAUUGAUAACCGUUUGGAAUUUGGAUUGUCGGGAUAUGUUAUUGAAAGACUCUCAUAUGAUGAAUUACUUUUUGCUGGACCAAGUAAUUUCAAAAUAAUUAUCCGAAUUGUCGGACAUUAUUUGGCUAUUGACACACGUAUGCCAAGUGAAAUAUGUGACUCAUCUGUUGGAGUUCUUGUAGGAGAAUGUUGUUCAAAUGUUACAGUCGCUACAGGGCUUUCUUCAAUGCAAGCAGAUAAUGUACCAUUAGAUCUGUGUCUCCAUGACUACCAGGAGCAGCAUCCUUCACCUUUAGAUACAAAUCCCUAUGAGUUUCCAGAAAACAAUAACAGUUCCUGUGGCAUAGACAAUCCAACAUCACAAGAAGAUGUUUCCUUGUACAUGAACCACUGGGCGGUGGAUGUAUGUGAUUCAGUAAUUGACUAUCCAGUCCAGGAAGCAUUCCUACAAACCACUGCAGGAUACUGCUUGAAGUUUGAACACACAUCAAUUAGCCCUCAGUCGUCAUUAUUUCACCUGACUCUCACACUUGAUAUGACAAUUGAAAUGUAUGUGAAAUGCAGUGACCCUUUUAGACGAUGUGGAGCUGUAUUUUCCUACACCAAUGUGAAAUCAUUCACUCUUGUCAUCAACGAUAUCAUCUAUGUUGUCUAUGAUAAUGUAGAAUACCGCACAAGUUUGAUUAUUGAGAAUAAUAAAUGGAACAAAAUAGUCCUGGUGUAUGAUAGAAAAGGAAAGCUGAACAUUUACAGUUUUACUGCCAUGGGUGUGAUCAAGCGAAUGGAAAUAGCUAUUAACAUUGAUACAUUUGGAGUGAUGGGUUCUUUUGCUAUUGGUCAAUGGCAAGUUCAGCCUGAUGGAACAUCCCAAGUUCGAAUACCCAACUUCCAUGGUGAUAUUGAUGAAUUUAGAGUGUGGAAUAGAACCUUUGACAGUGUAGGAGUUGAGGAGAUGUGGUAUGUGUACCUACCUGCAACAACACCAAACUUGUACCAUUUCUGGCCAUUUGAUGUAGGUGAAGGUGAUUUAGUAAACAAUGUGGUCAGUGACGAUGAUCUGUUAUUACCAGCAAAGCCUUGGAACAGGCCAACAUGGCUGCCUUCUGAUCUCAAUCUACCUGAUUUGGACACACCUGACACUAUAGAUGUUGAAUUUAAUGAUACAGAUAUGGAAGCUAUAGCCACCUUGCACUGCAACAACCUUAUUAAAUCGCCGCCUUUGUCUGACAGAUGUGCUGGUCUUGGUGAAUCUGUCAGUGCCUCAUACUUCAUGGCGUGUCUGAGAGUUGUAGCAUCAACAGGGAACAUCACAUUAACAUAUGAAGUGGCCUUUACAUUUUCUGAUGUUUGCCAAGUGACUCUAAAUCUGACGUAUUGGCCGGCUAAACCCAUCUGCAAUGAGGCUGCUAAUGUACGUAGAGGAACAGAUUGCAAAAAUGAAUGCAUCUUUGGAUACAAAGAUGAUUUGGAUGAUUGUAUUUGUUACUCUGGAUUUUAUGACAGCAACUGUUCAUCUGUGUGCCCAGGAAGUUCUGUCCAACCUUGUAACAAUCACGGAGAGUGUAUGGGGAACUAUUGUACAUGUGAAAUCAACUGGAGAACAGGCCAGGACUGUGAAAACUGUGGGUUGGAUUGGGUGGGAAAGGAGUGUACUCUAGCUCUAUACAGGCUGCCUUAUUUUGUAUACAUCCAACGUACAUACUUUGUGGCAACCAUAUCAACUUAUACAAGGUACACAAACUUUGAUGGAAUUAGUUUCUACUUGGGAGCUGUUGGUGAAUUUUACAUUAUUAGACUUGCAAGUGUGCAUGUCCAUAUCCGUCAAGUAACUUGCUACUAUACAUCAACAUGUCUGAAUACCAUUGCUCUGACAAUAUCUGGAACAACUCGUCUUGUUAUCCAUGCCCCUGUAACACUGCAUGACAGACCUGGAAUUUGGAUUGAUGAGAAGAGAAUGUUACUGUCUUAUAUCAGAUUAGAUAUCAAGAACACUGGCUGGUUCAUACUCACUUUAACUGAUUAUGAAUGGGAAAUACACAGUUCAGGAGCUGAGAGUAUUGUAAUACAUCUACGUUUCAUUGGUAAAUACAUGCAAAUUAGUAUUGAAGCACCAAAAACUACAUGUAUGACUUCCAUCGGCCUACUUGGAAAUUGUAAUAAUGACCUGAAUGAUGACAUAUUCCCAAUGAAUGAUAUCAUGGCAAUUAAUUCAACAUCCCAGAAUGACAUCAACAUUGAUUUAGCUGAUUGGUGGAGAGUUCCUGCAAAUGAGAGUCCAUAUCAAGGAAUCACUGAUCUCUAUUAUGAGAUCCAUGGUGAUCAUUAUGGGGGUGUUUAUGCACUGUACUUUGAUAGUACAAGUGGUAUGACAAAACCUUUAAGGUAUACUUUCGAUGAUAAUCUUCUCAACACAGAUAUCACGAUUGAAUUCCUGGUGAAACCUGUAGCAUUAGGUGGUACGAUAAUUUCAUUUGGGUUGGACUAUACAUUUGCAGUUAUCAAUGACGUCACCAUCAAGAUACACCACAGUGGUAUUGUAUAUGACACAAAGAUACCUAUUACCUUAGGAGAAUGGAACCAAAUCAUAAUAAUAGUAUAUGCCAACAAGCAGUCGCUGGAGUUUUCUCACAAAGUUGACGUCAAUAUCUCUCGGUGCAGUUUUGAAAUUGAAACAAGUGAACUACUCCAACCAGGAGGUGUAUUAGCAAUUGGUCAUUGGCAGACUGCUCCUUUGACAGGACUUAAAUAUAUAGAUGCUAAUUUUAUUGGUGAAAUAGAUGAGUUGAGAAUCUGGAAUCGCUCUAUUACACCUGCUUUCCUUGACCAAAUAAGUGGGUUGAAUGUUCAUACUGGCCACUACCACCAAGACUUGGUAGGAAUGUACGAGUUUAAUUCUGGAGAAGGUACUGUUGUACCUGAUACACUGGAUGACAAUGAUAUUUUCUUACCACCUGGGUUGUGGAAACGACCAACCUGGCUGCCCUCAACAGCACAUAUAGCGCUUGAAAUUAGUGAACCCUUUAGAAAUGACAAUGUUAACACAUCUUUGCUGGAGUCUGCUGAGACAAUAUGCAGCUAUAUAAAUGGCAGUGGUGGUAUUGCUACACACUGUGCUAAUAUUUCAAAAUCUAUGGUUGAGUUUUACUUCAUGACUUGUUUGAGCAUUGUGUCAACAACUAAUCAGUUGAAUACUACAUUUGAUGUCCUGUUAACAUUCAGUGAUUUCUGUCAACUGAACAAUCGCUUAGAAUAUUCGCCACUGUAUACCAUAUGUCAUACAUUGCUGCAGUUUAGUCCGCCAAUUUGGUUUAUACAAUUUUGCUCGACAUGUACACAUGGAUUUCCAGCUAACAAUUAUAAAUGUGAUUGCACACAUGGUUUCUGGGGUGAAGACUGUUCAGACGUGUGCCCAGGUGGUCAGUCAACACCAUGUUAUGAACAUGGACAGUGUCAGGCAUCUGGGGAAUGUUCAUGCUGGCUGAACUGGAAUGGUGACCAUGAAUGUGGGAGUUGCAGUUCAGGUUGGAGUGGCAGAGAAUGUAGUGUUAUAAUCGGCCAAAUAGCAUCAAGUAUUCAUCGAUAUGCUAGUGUUGCUCUCCAUGGUAAAGUCACAACAAUUGGCAGUGUUUCCUUCUAUAUUUCAACACCAGGGUGGUACAGACUGAUUAGUAAUGUUCAUCACAGUCUCAGCAUUGAUGUAAGAUACUCCUUGCGUGUGAACAAUAGAAACUAUGCCAGCUCGUUUGAUGUCCUGAUCAUUAACUAUGGUGGACAGCAGCUGGUUAUGAGGGCAGCAUUGUAUUCAAAAACAGAUUUAGAACCAUUCUUGUGGAGGAAUAAAAAACUAAUUAUUCUGGAUCACGAAACUCAAAUAAGUCCAGAUUUUCUUAUAACUAGAAUUGGGAUUCAUCGUUUCCGUAUCACAAUAAUAACUCUUGAUUUAACACUGUAUGUGACUGCUAAUUAUCAGUAUCUGGAACUCGUCUUCAGUAUCCCGGAAAGUGUAUGUGAUGAUCCAAAUUACCUUGGUUUGACAAUAAAUUGUGAUGUAUUAGACCAGUUGCAAAAUUGUAGUGCACAACAUAUGAAUGAAACCGAUGACUGUUCUAUCACUCAAAGUAUGAUUGACUCCUACGCUCAACUAUAUAGAAGAGAUGAUGUCGUCUACACCGAGUUUGAAAGCUAUUCCAACUUGGUACCAUUAAAAGGAGCAGGAUAUACACUUUGUUUUACAGAUAGCUUAGUGAUCAGCAAGUCACCAUUACUGCUUCCAUUGGACAGAUUCACAUUAGAACUUUUAGUCAGAAUUCAAGCUACUGAUGGGACUAUUCUUUCCUUCUCAUCCAUCAAAGUGUUUGCACUAUUUGUUCUUCGAAGUAAACUUCAUGUCCAAGAUGCAGGUGAAGUAUUUUCUACUGAUCUGACCAUUGAAGUUGGGUACUGGAACCAAAUCAGCAUACAAUGGCGAAAACAAAUUGGAUUACUAGAACUCUACAUAUUUGACAGAUUUGGCAAUGGUCGAGUUGAAGCAAUCAGACUGAAUCAAUUGACUUUCUCGUAUGAAGGGAACCUAACAAUUGGCCAGUGGUAUUCUCAUAAUGACGCCACAGAACCAUUAGUGCCUAUUGUUGCGUUCAAUGGUGAUAUUGAUGAAGUCAGAAUAUGGGAUAGAGAACCAAAUCCAAGUAUCAUCACUGACUCCUGGAUGGCAAAUAUUGGUGACAAUUGGCCGGAUUUAGUUCACUUGUGGAAAAUGAAUGAAGGGGAUGGAGAGUCGAUAAUGGAUAUCAUCAGUGGAAACGAUUUGGUAAUUCCUGAAUGGAAUGGACCAACAUGGCGUGUGUCCGAUGCGAAUACAACAACAUCAAUUGAUUCACCAUUGGAAUUGCCACUGUUUGUAGAUUUACAGCUGAAGGUGUUGGCAGAACAGAAAUGCAACGAAUUGAUACUGACUGGUCAGCUGUUUACCACAUGUUUGCCCAUUGGUAUUGCUGUGUUAGAGUCCUACUACAUUCAGUGCUUGUAUGACAUUUUACACUACAGACAUAUUGAUGCAGCCAUGUUGCAAGUGGUGGCAUUAUCCGAUUUCUGCUACCAUCAACUCGGUCUUGACACUGAUCUAACAAAUUGGCCCUCUAAGCAACUGUGUAAUGAGUUUCCAAGUCGACAUGACUUUCCAUAUUGGAUUGGUGCAGGUUGUAAUGUCAAAUGUGUGUUCGGGGAAAGAGACCAUAACAACCAUGAAUCAUGUGUUUGUAGGCAUGCAUAUUGGGGGGCUGCUUGUGACAGUCCAUGUCCAGGGGGAAUCAUUAAUCCAUGUUAUGGACAUGGUAACUGCAAUGUCACCAAUGGUCUUUGUAAAUGUCCUUCCCAUUGGCUGAAUAAUAACGAUGAACCAGAAUAUUCAUGCUCAGAAUGUGACCCUGGAUGGGCAGGAACAGACUGUUUGGUGAGCUAUAUGACAACAACUGAAUCAUAUGGUAUUGCUAUAAUUUUUGGGGACAUUCACUUCACCACCAUGGAUGGACCUAGCUUUCAUAUGCAUACCCCUGGGAUUUACCAGUUGUUACAAACUCCAGCAACAACAAUUCAAGCUUUGUUACUUCAGUGUAGUGGAAAAGUUGCCUGCAAUAAGAUAGUUGAAGUAGCAGUUAUGAAUGACAAUGUUGGUAUAGCAGUUGUUGUGGACAUUAAAUUUACCAAUGUGAUCACAUUGUACAAAAUCAAUGUUGGAGAAUGGGUGGAAAUUCAAGACAGUUUUUCUAACAGAGUAUCGAGUGGCACAUUCUCGGUGACAAUUAGAGACAAUGUUGUCAACAUUACUACAUCUGAUGAUGUAAACAUUGUGGUUGUUAUGUACUCAAAUGUAUUGAACUGUGUGAUCGAGUCUGAGAAUAUCGUUAAUAUUCAAAGUAAACAUACAAUGAUAGGAUCAUGGGACAACAAUUGGCUCAAUGACUUGAACUUAGGAUUACAGAGGAAUGGUACACUAUCAACAGUAAAUGAUACCUACUUCCUGGAAAAUGUAUUGUCUCAGUCAUACAUGGAUGUUACGUUUUCCAACUUGUCCCAUGUGGAUUUAUCAGAACGCCAGCUACAAAGUAUAUGGGCAUAUGAGGGAGAUGUAAUCACAGGUUAUAUACUUCGCUUUCUACACAGCCGUGUUACUGUAAGUGACCUCACAAUUCUGGGAUUAGAUGCAUUUACUUUAGAGUUCUGGGUUCGACUACAUGGUGAUAACUAUCAGUCCAUCCAAACAAUGAUCAGCUUUGACACGCCGGGUAACGUCUUUGUAGUAAAAUUAUCUGGUGGUGACUUAACAAUUGUCAUGGAUGGUGCAGUAAUUACAACUGACUUAACUCUAAUUGUGGAGCAAUGGUAUCAUGUUGUUGUUACUUGGAGGAGCUAUGAUGGUCGAUUAGCCAUUUACCUAUACUCGAGAAUGAGCAAGCUUACGCUAGUGUAUGUUGUCAACAAUAUAUUCCUAGCUAAACUCUUUAACAUACAAGGGGAGUUGCAUGUAGGGCAGUUAGUAUAUCAAGGGCGUGUUGAAUCGGCUGAAGACUGUAAUGGGGAUAUUGAUAUGAUACGAUUCUGGGGAUACUGUAAAAACAUUAAUGAUCUUGAUAAUGAAAGAGAGAAAUACAGUGAAUACUACAAGCCUGGGUUGCUGAUCCGCAUGCCAUUGGAAGAGGGUUAUGGACUCAAUACAUCUGUUGAAGUAUUUCCUAUUGAUGGAUAUUCUGUAGGUGAUAAAAUAAACCGUUCAAGUAUAACACUUGGGAACUUAGAACCAAAAGAUUCGCCACCAGAAUGGAUAUCCACAGACAUACCAAUCACAGCUGAUGGGAGCAACUUUCCAAUAUUCUCAUCCCCUGAACUUAAAGAAGAAGCUGAAACAUUUUGUCACGAGAUGUAUUUUGAAGGUACUCUAAAUGAGUACUGUAGUGAGAUCAUCAGUUCUUAUAUAUUUUAUUAUGAAUCAUGUCUUCUUGAUAUUGCUGCCAGUAACCAUGUGGCGCAAGGAAAUGUUUCUGUACAUAUGUAUGCAUUACUUUGUCAGAGAUUAUUGCAGCUACCAGAGGAGAGCUUCUGUGGGUUUUAUGAAUUCUGUCAAGAGAUAAUUGAAGAUGAAGAAUCAUUCCCCGUCUGGAUUAUAAUAUUGAUUGUUUGUUUGAUUAUUGUACUCCUGGUAUCAUGCUGCAUGUGCUGUGUGAUAUGUGUAUUGUGUAAGAAAAAGAAAAAGAGGCGUACUGGUGAAUAUGAUUGUAGCCACGUUGCCUUAAUGGAACCUCAGUCCACUCAAGAAAUACGAUUUGCAAUGGGCUCAUGUGAAGAUGUACAGCUCACAAAUUUUCCACAAGCAGAAUCAGCUAGAAACGAUUUUAAUUUAAUUGAAGCAUGGACGGUAGGAAGAGCUGAUAAUGGUGUUUCAAAUGCAAAUACAGACCAAGAUCGUAGUGAUGAGAAGCCAGAUAUACCCGAGAAUCCAAACAUACCUAAUGCCUUCUUUAAUAGUGUUUACAAUGAAACUUCCUCCGGUUUCCAGGGUGUCAGUGAAGGAAUGAAUGAUUUUAUGAAUGAAGAAAUACCAAUGCAAACAUUACGACCUGCCCCUGAUGUGGAUGACUUUUCUGGAGAUUCAUUUGAAGAGGAUAACCUUGACAUGCAUCUACCUAUUGCUUACACAAGUAGUAGUAGUAGUAGUGGCACUGAUGAAUCAACAUACACUGAAUCUACAAGCCGACCUAGUAGUGGAAGACUGCAUAGUGGUCGUGUAACACCAUUAACAAGUGUACAGAAUGAAGAAAGUAGUACACCAGAGCCUAUGAAACCUAAGCGUACCCGUAAAGGAGAUGCUUCCAGUAAAAUGAGGAAUAAACUCUUGAACAAAAACCAGGAUGCAAUUGUUGGUAAACGUAGAAGAAAGCGCAGAAGACCUAAGAGUGAAGCUCACAGUAGACCUAGAAGAAAGCUGGAUAGCAAUAGACCACAGAGUGUGGCCACCAGUAGAUCAACAGAGGCUGCUCAUCUUCCUCUUAAUGCAGCUACUACUGGAGCUACUAGUAGACCUCAGAGUCCCCCACAAGGUCGUACAGCACAUGUUGCCUGGUCAGAUACUCCCAGAAAUAAAACCUUUGGGGUGAAAUUGCCACCAUUGAUGCGCAAUAAUGAGAGUGAAACUUAG